CUGCCUUCUAGACCUUAGUAACACUUUGAGGCUAAUAGGUAAAGUGACAGCCUCAUUAUGCCACAACCUUGUUGCCCCAGCUUCAGAAGUGGCAUGUAAAAGGUCCUGGGUUCAAUCUCCACCAGCAUCUUCAAGUAGAGCAGCUGACAGAAGAGGCAAUACUGAGAUCGACAGACUAAUGGUCUGAUUCAGUACAAGGUAGCUUCCUAUGUUCGUUAUACUGUACUGCGAAUAAGGCAGAAAACAUAAUUGUCCUAGGGUCUGUUAAAAAUAGCUCACAUUGGCUUCCCUGUGUGUGUGCCUGUGUAUGGGCACUAGAGAUAUCUUGCAUUUAUUUAGGCAUAAUUUCUAGAAAUUCCGAGGAUGAUAAAAUGUGGGUGGAUGAACGAGGUAUACUGUUAGGUGGAUUUGUAACUGGUUAACUGACUAAACCUAAUGAAUAUUCAUUAUCGGUUCCUUAUGAUCCUGGGAAAAAAUUGACAAGUGGGGGUGCUGCAGGGUUCUGUCCUGGGUUGUUCAACAUCUUUGUAAAUGACUUGAAGGAAUGGAGGGAAUGUUUAUCAAAUUUGCAGAUGACACCAAACUGGGAGAUGUACCUAAUGCCACAGAAGACAGAAUCAGAAUACAAAAUGACUUCAACAGAUUGGAGAACUGGGCCCAAGUUAACAAAAUUAAUUUCAAUAGGGAUAAAUGUAAGGUCCUGCACUUAGGCAGGAAUAAAUAAAUGCACAAAUAUAAGAUGGGCUAAACCUGACUUAAAGAAUCCAGGGGUCUUGGUGGACCACAAGCUUAACAUGAGUCAACGGUGUGAUGCAGCCGCAAAAAAGCUAAUGCAUCAACAGAAGUAUAAUGUUCAGAUCAAGAGAAGUAACAGUCCCACUCUAUUCCAGCAGGGAGGUCAGAAUCGCCCCAGAACACAAAAACCAAUUGUUAGGGAUAACCCAACAUUACAAAGAGUUCACUUGGUGGAAAGAGACAGUAACAUAGGUAUGAGAUGAUCUUCUUUGGGUGGAGGCAUUCUUUCAUAGAUGGGACAAUACCACUGAAAAGACUCAGAAACAGGUGCCAAAAAUAGUAUUUUGUAAAUGGGCAUAGUUGGACUGGAUUGUAGUAUCUGCCUUCAAAUCUCACCAUCAUUUGAUAUUUAUCACCAGCAACAACUUUUUUUCUCUUCAACAUAUUCGUUUCUUUAACUCCCAGCAAGAAGAGCUUAUGUCAUGUCUGAAAACUAGGUUACUAUAGUGGCUUUUUGGACGUUUCAUUGCUGAACUGCUGCCAUUUAGGGUCUCUCCCCACUCUCAAGAAAGAGACUCCUGGUCCAGUUGGUUAUCAAAGGGUGCUGUGCAACACCGUGGUGUGGCGGGAAAGUUCAAGGACAAUCAAUAUUAUAUUUUGGGAAUGCUCUUAAGUAGCCACAUCGCUUUAUAUUUUCUGGAUGUCUUGUGGCCGUAUUACAAAGCAGUGUUUUAUGUCCUAAUUCAAGCACUGCUGUGUGUCGCUCCUUUCCGUUUUACUUUCUUGUCAACGAAAAAAAUCGCCGUGGCGCGAGCACAUUUUUAUUCCGAAAGCGUAGCCCAGAGGGAGGAAAAAAAAAGUUUGAGAACCACUGAGCUGGAGUCUCUGUGGGGCUUUUGACCAUCUUUGUCGAACCCGAAAGUGUGAGGCGAUUUUAAAAAGUACGCGCGCACACGCAAAAAAACCCCCCUUCCCCUCAUGCUCUCUUCUUGUUUCUCGCUUCAAAAACAUUCCAGCGCCUGGUCUUCUUGGGGGAAAAAAGAUUUUGGCUUGUGUGUGGUUUUUUUUAAGUUUAAAAGUGCUACGUGAGGCGGCGAGGCACACGGUGCGACGAGGGCAUCUGAGGCAACGGGGCCGCCACCGCCGCUGCGUGAGGGGAGGAAACGAAAGCCGGGAGCGGAGGAGGGCCGGCGCCUGACGGGGCGGAGCGUCUGGCUUCGCCGCCGCCGCGGCCUCCUUCUCCUCCCCUCGUCCGCGGCCUCCGCCGGCUCCGCCCUCCGCCGCGGCCUCCUCCGCCGGCUCCUCCUCUCGGGCCCUGCCCGCCUCGCCUCAGCUCGGCUCCCUCCGCCCUCAGCAAAGCCAUCAUCGCCGUGCCUGGCGCCGGAGUUUGGCGGGGGGGCCUCGGCAACGGAGCUCCAGCCGACGAGGGAGGAGGAAGAGGAAGAAGAAGAAGAGGAGAAGGCGGGCUUUAUUUUUAUUUCAUUAUCAUCGUCACCAUUAUUAUUAUUUUCCCUGCCGCCUCGCCUCCCCCCUCCCCGCCCGCCGCCGCUCUCCUCAUAGAAGAAGAAGAAAAGGGCGCCACGCCGCCCGCCCGAGGGCCGCCGCCAUGUACACGGCGGGGGGAGCGGCCCCCGUCGCCGCGGGACCCGGUGAGUGAGCUGCCGCUUCUAUCCCCCAAACCCCGCCAGUUCCACGAGGGAACGGAGAGAAAGGCGGCGCUUCCCUCUCUUCUCCCCCCCCCCCAAAAAAACAUUAAAUGGGUGGGCAGCGCUGAGGCGGGAACCGGGUUUGUGAGGAGAAAGAGAGAGGAAGGAGGCGCAGGAGUAGCAGCGAAGGAGGCGCACGAGGCGCCGCCAACGGUCUCUCGGGAGGGAGGGGGGGAGAGGGAGGGAGGUGCGCGCGCUCCCUCUCGCGCGGCCGGGCUCUGUGAGGGGGCGCUCGGUACGUUUCCCUCAGAGCGGCCGCCGCCGGCGGCGGUCUCGCCUCAGCCGCCCGGCCUCCCUCCCUCGCUGCCGGCUCUCCUCCUCCGCCAGCUGCCUGGGCGAGACCCGGAAAGAGGAGGAGGAGGGCGGCAGCAGCAGCAGCGGGAGGGUGUCGGUUGCGGGUCGAGGGAGAAGAGGUUUUUUUAAAGGCUCCUCUUGCCCGCUUUUUUUACCUCAGCUGUGGAGUCGGUGGGGGGGAGGGGGCGAAGGUGGCGCUGCGCUUUCCGAGGCUCCUUUAAAAAAAUAUAAAAGUAAUAAAAACCACUUGCACACGGACUUACAGUCCUCCUUUUCCCCGCAAUUGAUUUUUUAAAGUGAAAAGCACACUCACAACAGCCCCCCCCCCAUAGACCGGUUGCGAGGGAGGGAUGGGCAGCUUCGCGACAGCGCCGCCUGAGAGACCCCCUGGCGUGGGGGGCGUGCUGGGUGGUCGCGAAGCAUCAGGGCCCCCGGCUGCGCGGGGGGAGAGAGGGAAGUGGAAAAAUAAAUAAAUUAAGGGGGCGCCUGUGUGUGUUUUGUAUGGCUGCCUCCUUUGUGUUUUGGCAGUGGCUGCCCUCACCGUGUUGUGGUUGCCUUUCUCUGUUGUAAGGGGGGACCCCCCGGCCGGUUUGCAGUUUUAAGAGAGUGAAGCCGAACAAUGGGCAUUGGCAAAAAGAUGGGGUGGGUGAUGGGGGCAGGCAGGGUCUGGGUAGGGGAGAUGGUGGCAGGAGUAUCUUUGCCUGGGCUGGAUGUGAAAAGAGUUCAGUCCACUACUACUGUUAUGCUCCAUUAGCUGCCAUCCAAGAGGCUCGCUGGUGCUAAAACAGAACCACUGUGGACUCGCCUUUAUAUUUGUAUGUGUAUGCAACACCACAUAUAUAAUGCCCACCAUUUAUUCCUGCAUUGCAGGGGGUUGGACUAGAUGACCCUGGGAUCCCUUGCAACUCUACAAUUCUAUGAUUCUAUUUAUGCACACAUAUAUACAAAGCAUAAGAAGAGCCCUGCUGGAUCAGGCUGGUGGCUCAUCUAGUCCAGCAUCCUGUUCUCACAGUGACCAUCAAGAUACUUGUGGGAAUAUGUGUGUGUGUGUGUGUCUAUAUAUCACUAUAUAUAUUAUAAAUUAUGUUUUUGUGUAUGUGCAUACACAUACUGUUACACGUGUGUGUGUGCGCAAAUGCAUAUAUGCAUUUGGGUUAGUGUGAUGUGCUGGAUUAGGGAGACACAGGUUCAAAUCCCCACUCAGGCAUGAAGCUGACCAACCUUGGGCCAUUCAUCCUUGCUUACCGAUAUUUAUGCAUUAUAUUUAUAUCCUGCCUUUCCUUCAGGCACCCAAGGUGAUGUACGUGGUUCUUCAGUGCCACGUUACCUUUACAGCUGUUUUGUAUGGUAGGUUAGGUUAAGACAAUAGUUACUGGGCCAAGAUCACUUGGUGAGUCUUAUAGCUGCAUGGGGAUUUGAAUCCUGGUCCCACACUAACCACUACACAACACAGGUUCUUACAGUUGUGAGGAGUGGGAUGUUAUGUAUGCUGCCCUGAGCUUCUUGGAGGAAGGAUGGGAUAUAAGCACAAUAAUAUAUCGCACACAGACACAUAUGCACACCCCAUUUCUCAUAUGUCUUCAUAGCAUCUUGCUGGCAGCUGCACACCAAAUGUUGCACUUCUGUUUCAGUGCGAAGGUAUGGUUACAAGUUUACUCACACUUCCAAGUUUACUGAUAUGGGGUAACUGCCACCACCACCCCAUUCACAUUAUGUCCAUGUAGUAUCUCUUCUGGAUCCAGAACCUGCCAGAAUAGGGGGGACCCCUUAUGUUAGGGGUCCAUUUCUGGUUGUCAGAGUGACCUGACAAUUUUUGUGCCCCUUCUCAUAAUAUGAAGUGCAACCCUCAGAUUGAGAACAUUUUCACUGCUGGACCGAACUAGAAAUAUCUCUGUGUACUGAUGGGCACUGUCAUUACUAUACUAUAUAAUUUGCGUGUGUUGUGCAAGUUACAUUCUGUUGUGCACAGGCAAUACAGUAUCAAAGCUGAACAGGUGAAAUUAGGGAUUUUGUUUAUUCCUUCUGUACCAAAUAUUUAUCUUGUUGAAACAACCGCCCAAAAUAAGAAUGUAUGGAAGUGCUGGUAAACUUGUCUGGCAAGUGUGCCACAAGUCUGGCCAAAAAAUAGUGCCACAACAGCGCGCAUGUUGCAUCCAUGCCUUUUGUACUGAACAAAAAGCAAGCAUAAAGACAAACUGCUUGGGAGUCUGAAGAUGCAGUGGCGUAGCGUGGGUUGUCAGCACCCGGGGCAAGGCAAGUAAUUUGCGCCCCCUAACCCGUGGAUUUUAGCAGGGGGCAGAGAGCUGCGAGUGCGAGCACGCCCCCUCCAGAUAUUGCGGCCGGUGCGGCCGGCACCCCCUGCACCCCCCACGCUACGCCACUGUGAAGAUGUGCUUCUCCUGGCUAUGUUUGCAACAAACUAGCUCCCUUUGCUACAGGUUGACCUCCCAUGAAGUGUUGGAUCAAUGAAGUGUACUGAGCUCAGUUGCUAUUCCAUUCUUUUCUUGUAUUUAUAUACCCCAUAUAGUAAAAAAUUAGCAAUUUAAACAGUUUAACAUCUCUGGCAGCCCUUUAAACAUAUUACUAGCUAGGGUUUCACAGAGUUUAUCCAGUCUAAAAUCACUUUUUACUCUCCUUGUUGAAUCAGCAUACAGUGGUAUCUUGAUUUAUGAACUUAAACCGUUCUGGAAGUCCGUUCUUAAACCAAAACCAUUCUUAAAUCGAGGGGCACUUUCCCUAAUGAGGCCUCCCGCUGCCAGUACCCUUCCACUGUUCAGCUUCCGUUCUUAGACCAAGGUAAAGUUCGCAAACUGAGACACUACUUCCGUUUUUCAGAGUUCUUAAACUGAAUAGUUCGUAAACAGGGCUGUUCUUUAACCGAGGUACCACUGUAUUUGAGAUGUUCCUGGGCAUCUCACUUAAGGCAUGUUACCUGGGGCUUCCAGACAGGUAGCAUGUUAAAAGUACAGUAAGUUGUAUAGUUAUUGCAUCAGAUCAGAUAUUUCCCAUCUAAUAACUGCUUCUGUUGUGAGGAAGUUGCAUUUUCCUCUGCUCUCAAACCUGAUGCUUGUUGCUAGGAAAACAUAGCUAUUAGUCCAGGGUGCGCUCUAACUGUGCCAAGUCUUUAAUUCUGUGGACGCUCCUUGGAUGCUGUUGGCACUCUUUCUAAUGAGGAGUGUAUCCCCUCCUGAAAAGUGUGUGCUGUUUUGUGAAAAUUGUAGAAGUUUGCGUUGCUUCUUAGAACAUUCUGUAGAGGUUGAGCAUGUUUCUGCAGCACCUACCAGUCCAUCAUGCAAAGUUAAACACUUAUCUUGCCCUUUAAAAAUAGGUGGCAAACAUGAGCAAAGCAACUUUUCUUUUCUGGCAGCGGUUCUUAGCUGCAUACCCCACUCCUCCAGCAUUGCUGAUUUAAAAACAUCCAGCUCCCUGCCUGUUCUUAGUAAAGAUACUCCAUCGUGUGUGUGUGUGUGUGUGUGUGUGUGUGUGUGUUGGGGGGGUAGGGUGUAUUGUACCCAGUGUUCAAAACACCCAUUGCUCUAGGUACAUUUUGCGACAGGGAAUUUCAUUAGCACGAGCAGUUUCUGAGCUCAGGGCUCAGUACUACACCUAAGAUUUCAGAUUAAAACUGCAGGGUGGGAGGAAAGGAGGACCUUUUUCUGCCUCCCCACUUCCAGCUACUCUUUGUAGAUUGGAGAAGAUACCCUCUUAAGAAUAUUAGGGUGUGGACAGGAAAAGGACUAGAUCGUGUGAAAAAUGAACAUAAUAUUUUAGUUGCAGUUUAUUCAUUUUCAACUUUGGGUUCUUUUUAUUUAAAAAGCGCACCUAAACAUUCCGUUGUUGCACCCAUAACCUAAGUUUAAGGUGCCAUUUAGCUCCUAGCUUUCAUAGCUCAGUUUCUACCACUGAUUGUACUAAAGGUGUAAAAUGUUAAUUUAUUUUUAAUGCCUGGGAGUCAUCUGACAUUGCCCAUAGAGUUGUAAAGUGUAAACACACAACAGUAGUGACUUUGCCCUCCCUGCUGUCUUUCAUAGUGUUCAGAUACAUACAGUGGGAUCUUACCAAUAUCUCAGUUGCCACUUCCAUAUCACACCAGUCCUGUAUCUCUUCCUCACCCCUGAUUGGGAGAAAGGUGGGAUAUAAAUACAUUAAAUAAAUGAAUACUGUCUUGUCUGCCUAAUGUAGAUUUCAAGGCUUCUCAAAAGGAAUUGUGUUUCUUCUCAUCAGCUAUAUAGUAGUUUGCAUGCUGUUGUCACUGAAUUAAUGUUUAACAGUAAUAAUGUUUAACAGUAAGUGAAGUGUAAUGCAUAGGUGAUUUUCAGAAUCAGCCUGCCCAAGUUAUCCUGAUACUAAGCAAGAUUGAUUGUACUGCCUGAAAGUAUUUUCCCUUCUUAUUCGUUCUUCAUGGCACAGGUGCUUCCCAGUAGCAUACAUGCAAUGGGCCCAGCAUAAUUGUGUUUAGUGAGUGGUAAACUAAUUCUUCAUUUUGUGCAUCUUUAUUGAGACAUAACACUAUUAGUUAUUUUUGGAUUGGCAGGCAUCUAGCCCUUCUGGGUUCAGAGGCUGCUGAAUGUUAGCUGCUGUGGGGCAACAGCACAGGAGGGCUAUUGCUUUCAUCCCUUUGCUAUGUGCUUCUCAGAAGCAUUUGCUUGACCACUGUCUGAAACAGGAUGCAGACUUUGAAGAAUUCUUGAUAUUAUCCAGAAGUACUGCCCUUAUCCUCUUAAGGGGAAGUGUCCCAGCAAGUUACAGUGAAAGCCCAAAUAUAAUUCCUAGUUGAGGAAUUCAACAACUACAUGACUUUACAUUCUACCCAAUAUGCUUGUUUUAUGUUUUCAGGACUUAAAUCCUAACUUGUAGCUGGCAAGAUCUGAAAUAUUUUACAUAGUACCUUUUUAUUGAAUCAAUUGCCUUUGAGCAUAAGGCUUUGAGUUCUCCAGAACUGAAGCCGAACUUUGUGGAAGUUGCUUACCAUAAAGUAUCAUCUGCAUUAAUUUUUUACACAAUGUCUUUUGUUGCAGCACAGCAGUUAACAACCCAUUAAAUGGUGUGUGAGAGAGAAAUGUGUGUUUUGAAGUGGUGGCUUGAUUGAAAUCCAGUAAAGCAUGUUUACUUGUGUGUUCUUGGUUUUGUGUAAAGGUUUAAUUUGGAAAUAAGCUUAAUAUAUGCACGUGCUGUAGAUGCUUGAAAUGGUGUGUCACAUUUUUUCUUCUGUAAAGAUUUAAAAGAAAUCUAAGAAAUGGUUUUCAGUAGUUUACAUGCUGAGAGUUUGAUUCUGUUUUAAAAGUGCACUUUUUUAUUUCUGUGUGUUGCCUGAAUUAUAGUUGGAGAGAACUAAUAGAUUUUUGUGCCACGUUAAAACAAUGCAGUACACCCAAAUCACAAGAAAGAAAUCUACCAUUUUUUCCUAAAUAUUCUCCAUCAGUACAUAGUCUUGGUUCAAAUAAUUACUUAGGCCAGUGUCUUAGGUCAGGGAUGGGUAACUUUUUUAUUAUUAUUACUUAGAAGAGUCCUUGAGCAGUGGGAAGAUUCAGUGAGGGGAAGGAGUUGAAGCCAAUAUUGGGCAGGGCUGGUACUGACAAUGUAACAUAGGGUGCUGCCUUAUACUUUACCUUACACCAUGUUGGAUCAGUGAUGGUCCUAGCUCAACGCUGUCAAAAUUGACUGGCAGCGGCUCUCCAAGAUUUCAGACAGGACUCCUACACGGAGAUGCUAUGCAUUGAGCUUGGGACCUUUUGCAAACAAACUAUGUGCUGUACCACUGUAUGACAGCUCCAUACCCCAGUGGAUGGAAGCAGAGCCACAUAUGGAUGGAUAGCCUCCCCCCCUUCUCUUUCCUUCCAUUCCCUCAAUGCAUUAAUGUGUAGUGUUAGUUCAUGGGUAGGCAAACUAAGGCCCGGGGCCCGAAUUCGGCUCAAUCGCCUUCUAAAUCUGGCCUGAGGACUGUCCGGGAAUCAGUGUAUUUUUAUUACAUGAGUAGAAUGUGUGCUUUUAUUUAAAAUGCAUCUCUGGAUUAUUUGUGGGGCAUAGGAAUUUGUUCAUUUCCUCCCCAAAAUAUAGUCCGGCCCCCCACAAGGUCUGAGGGACACUGGACCGACUCCCUGCUGAAAAAGUUUGCUGACCCCGUGUUAGUUGCAUGAGUUGAGAGUCAGACUCCAGUGUCUCCUAAAGUGUGGCAAAAAGUUACUCUUCACCUCAGUUUCCCUUGGGUGCCUUAAAGUGAAGGAAGUUUUCUGCUUUGCUCCUAUGGCACUUGCUUGUCCCUUUGAUUUUCCUUUCCUCCCUUAAGCAAGUGUCGCCCAAGAAGAGGAGCCAGCUGCCCUGCUAAAAAAACAAGAACAAAGAACAUCUUCCUUGUUCCCUUCUGUUCCUCCCUCCCUCCAGCUAGUGCCAGCCAAGGGAACAUGUAGCCACCACACUGCCCUGCAUGAAAGCAAAGGACCACUCACAGGUACCCUCCUGAGGCAGCGAGCUGGAUCAGGUUAGGCUGUGGGUCAGAUCUGGUCCACAGGGGUUCCCUACCCCUAGCUUAGUUGAGUGGAAAUUAUUCUUAUUCUUAAAUAAACUGCCAUACCACCUUUCUUCCACGGAUCACGGGGUGGUUUACAAUAUAACAACACAAAAAUACACACCAUAGUAACAAACAAAAACAGUAACCCUUACACACACUCUCUCUCACACACACAGAGAGAGGGUUUAAGGCCAUAGAUUGUUUAAUUUGGCAAACACCUGGGAGAAGAGGAAUGUUUUAGCAUGGCACCUAAAGAUAUGUAAUGAAGGUGCCAGGCAAGCCUCCCUGGGGAGAGCAUUCCACGGGGAGCCACCACAAACAUAUAACCCCCACACAAGCUCUGCUUGUACUGCAAAUAUAAAAAUUAUUUAAUGACCACAAAAAAUGAAAGCAAUUUAUUUAUAUGCCACUUAAAUGUCAACAAUUAUAAUAAAAAUGACACUUUUUUAAAAAAUGAGAUUCUUCUUCUUCAAUUUAUUAGUUGCUUUUUUGCCACAGACAACCCAAAGGAAAUUACAAAAAGAAAAAGCGAAAACAUACAUACAUUAAAACCGGAAAAGAAAAGAAUACAUUAAGACAUCUAUACUAUACUAUUUGAAGGUCAGGUUUUAAAUGGUGUGUUGGCCCUUACCAGCAGAUUGAUAAAGGUGGAUGAGGUUAAAGCUCUGGAUUAAUUGGGUUUUCAGUAUUACUUUGUAUAACAUAAAAAGCUGUAUAAUAUACAAAGUUGUAACUUAGAUAGAUAGAUACAUUUCCAUGUGCAUAGAUAUAUUUAUACCCCACUCUUUAACCAAAGUUGUGAAGGUAGCUUUCAAUGCAUUUAAUAUACAGUAGCUCAGUCAUCAGGUUAGUUCCUCACUGUGUUGGCCUUCCUUACUCAGGCAGCUGUUGAUUUCUCUUGCAGCUUCUGGCAGCAGAUGCAAGAGGCACAGUAAAGGGGUAGGAAAAGGUGUAUACAAUCCACUGUCCCGUCCUCAGCUGUUCCAGCUGCCACUCUGCUGUUCCAGUCUCUGGGCCGUGGCAGGUCUUGGAUGAAAUGAAAGCAGCCAGAUGUUGGAGUCCUACACAGGGUGGGAUUUGCUCACCUGGGCUGCUUUUGAUGUCACAUGUCACUUCUGGCUCCUGUUGCAUGUGGGGAGAUGUGUACAAGCUUCUCCCAGGCUUUGGAUGUUUCCACUUUUUGACUAAUUAAUGGAGGCUGAUCCCAACAGCUUGUUUUUGCGCUACUCCGUCUAACAAAGACAAAGUGAUUACUAAAACACCAUCUAUUUCUCUCUUAAAAUCUUGCAAAGGGUGGGAAAACUAAUUGCCAGCCUCAGUAUUUUUCUAAAAAGCAAGCUAUUCCCUGUAGUUAAGAUAGAUAUUUAAAUUUUUGAUGUAUUUAUGUUGUUUGGAACCAAUUCUAGAUCCAACCACUUACUCUCUAUUGAAUUCAACUGACUUCAGUUAUGUCAUGGCUAAUUUGUCCCACUGAUUUCAUUAAGACUGAAGUUUAACUAAACUUAGUUUGAAUCCAAUCCAUAUUCUUUUCUGGAUGGCAAAUGCUAGUUUGAACACAUGUGUCUGAUAAUCAUAAUUGUUUAUUUAUAGCAGAGGGGAUGAACAUGUGGCUUUCAGAUGUUAUUGAGCUCUCAGCCCCAAUUAGCCCCAGCCAGCGUGACCAGUGGUCAGAAACAUCUGGAGAGCCACGGGCCACAGGUUUUUCACCCCUGGUUUAUAGAAACAAAAAUGGCUGUUGCAAUGAAUGCUCUUGUUGACAUAAUAUGACAUCUGACUGCAGCAUUUUCCUGUUGAUCGAUCCACUUAGAUUUAUUUGGCGUCUUCUCUCUGUGAAGCUAAAACAAAACUUGAAUAAUUUAAGACAUUUUAGGCCUAGUUCACACAUACAACAGAGGAGGCAAUAAAAUUGUUGCCACACUGUAUUGCUUCAGGCUGCAGGGAUGUGUAUAGAGAAGGCCAUGGAAAACUAGCAGAUUAGGGAGAAGCCUAGGCUAGAACUCUUCUCACUGACGUGUAGUUGUCUGUGUAUAAAUAAAUUCUUAUAUGGAAAGCUUUAGCAUGUCUGACUCCGUAAUAUGCAAGUUUUCUUCGAGCAGAAGGAAUAUAUUUAAUUUUUCUGUGGUUUGUACUGCCUUAAAACAAGCCAGCUGCAUUAUAGAAAGUCGUAUGGCAGGUCAUGUACCUCAGUAUUGUAUACAGACUGCAAGCAGCCCUUCAGAGUUCUGUAGAACAAGCAUGUCCAACUCCCAAGAGACUGCGAUCUACUCCCACGAAAGAAACAAACAAAACAUGGCAGUGAUCUACCCGUUGGGUUGACCAAAGUUGUUGAGCUUUUUGGGGGGAGGAAGAUCCCCAAAUGCACUAGGGUAGCCUUCAGAAACACUGUUGCAGCGCAUAGUGGAACUGGGCUAGUUGGGGCUACCUGUAGAGGGUUCUGAUGAACUCAUGAUAGCAGGGAUAUGCCUCUUUCACACAGAUUUGCCUCAGCUGCACAUAUAUUGCUAGAGGUUGCCACAACACCCCCUCCAUUCACACUGAGAGCCAGUGUGGCAUAGCGGUCAAGAGCAGUAGACUCGUAAUCUGGUGAACCGGGUUCGCUUCCCUGCUCCUCCACAUGCAGCUGCUGGGUGACCUUGGGCUAGUCACACUUCUUUGAAGUCUCUCAGCCCCACUCACCUCACAGAGUGUUUGUUGUUGGGAGGAAGGGAAAGGAGAAUGUUAGCCGCUUUGAGACUCCUUCGGGUAGUGAUAAAGCGGGAUAUCAAAUCCAAACUCUUCUCUUCUGUUGGCCCUAGUGGCACAGUCAGGAAAGAUGGCAGGUAUCUUUUGCGUGCUGUGUUGUCUGGGCUCUCUUUCCUCUCCUUCGUUGUGUACAUAAAACAGUGAUUGUGAGCAGCAUGAAGAGAUUUGAACUGCCAAGGGGGUGCGUGGGAGCUGGCAAUAACAGGGUCAUUGCUGGCUGUGCCACUGGGGCUGAUAAAGUAGGGGGAUGUUGCCACAUCAACAUGAAUGUUGUAAGUGUGGUGAGACAGUGCUGGAGGUCUGUUUCCUUUGCUCUAAGUUCAUCAGCUUCCUCUGUGGCCUAUGAGCAUUUUUAUGGGCACUGUCCCUGAUGGGUGGGCACUGGCAGAGUUUCCAGGGAUGCCUUGAGAAUAUCUUUGUGUGGCAUGUUGUUGUUGUUUAGUCGUGUCUGAUUCUUCGUGACCCCAUGGACCAGAGCACGCCAGGCACUCCUGUCUUCCACUGCCUCCCACAGUUUGGUCAAACUCAUGCUGGUAGCUUUGAGAACACUGUCCAACCAUCUCAUCCUCUGUCGCCCCCUUCUCCUUGUGCCCUCCAUCUUUCCCAACAUCAGGGUCUUUUCCAGGGAGUCUUCUCUUCUCAUGAGGUGGCCAGUAUUGGAGCCUCAGCUUCAGGAUCUGUCCUUCCAGUGAGCACUCAGGGCUGAUUUCCUUAAGAAUGGAUAGGUUUGAUCUUCUUGCAGUCCAUGAGACUCUCAAGAGUCUCCUCCAGCACCAUAAUUCAAAAGCAUUUGUGUGGCAUAUUGACUCUAUAAUGACCAUUCUGCUGGUGUCAUGGUGGCAGUGUAAGUGUAGGAUUGCUUUGUAUCGACCCCCCCCACCCCCCAAAUCAAAUAGCUCUUUGUUCAAAUGGUUUUGGAGACUUAGAUGGUAAUGUUUCAGUCCAUUUCAGAACUUUGGCAGUGCCAUCUAAGCAUACGUGUUAAAUAUCACUUUCAGUGGUCAUUUCUUAAAAGUACAGCACAACAGAUUUUAAUAAUAUUUUUGGAACACCAAGGUCUACCAAAGCCAUUUUUACUCAGCUUUAAGGAUGCCAGUAUAUUGGAAGUGCUUCUUAUCUUGGACUGAACAUUUCACGUUAUUUCUCCACCUUUGUCUAUCAGCUUGAAACAGAAGAAUGUUAGAGAGCUGACUCUAUACGAUACUCUGCAGAAAAACUUUGAAAACUAAAAGUUACCUUUCUUUACAGUGACUCCAGCUUAUUUGUGGUGUAUAACACUAGGAACUUUUAUAUGAACACUGCAGCAGCCCAUAUUUCCAGCAACUGAAGUUUUCAUAAACUUGGAGAUAAAUUUAAUAUGCUUUGUUUUGUCAAAGCUUUUUAUCUUCAUAAAAACUUUAAUUUCACAGUACUGUUGCUGAAGCUAGGAUGACUGAAAUAAUGACCAAUUAAUGUAAAAUGUAAGUGCAGAUGGAACUACAGUAGCAGAAUGAAGUGAACAGAAAUAAAGUUAUGGCAGCUGAAGAUUAUGAAUUAUUUAAAUUGUAUGUAAAAGUAUAUUGUGCUAUUUUUUCCGACCGAAAGAGCAAAUUAAUAAUAAAAACAGCAAUUUUAGUCAUUUGACACAUUUAGGAUCCAAAUGAAUGAGGAUCUUUGUGUAUUAAAGCUAUCAGACUACAUUGCUAGUUUCAAGAGCAAGAGAGGGAGCAAUUAUUUCUCUAAACAGCACUAAAAGCACCAUCCACUGGUAAUUUAAAAUGGGAAUAAUAUAUAUAUUAUUAAACAAUAUUGCCAGCAUAAUUGAUCAUAAUACAUUCAUCUUGGGGCUUCUCCAGUGAACUGGAACCAAAAUGACCACACUUCCAUUUGACUUGUUUGGCGGUUCUCCUUCCUACUAAAAUACUUUCACAUUAUCAAAAAAGGAAGUAGUGGCUAUGUAUUUGAGAGGGGGCUGCGGAUGUACGGUAAAAGUGUUUGUGUGUGUGAGAGAGAAAUCAGUAGUAUCAUAUACACUUGAAGUCCUUUCUCUGUGUGAGCAGAGGUGUUGAAGUUGGUAUUGUUAUUUGAAAGACUCAGCCUUCAUUUGCAAAACAAUUGUUACAGUUACAGACUUAAUUACUGAUUGUACCAGGCAUAAAUCAAGAGUUUUCUCAUGACAUUCAAAAACUUUUGUGCAUCUAGACAACAUUUUCUCUAAUAUUGUUGUAAGAUUCUAAUGGAACAAUCCAGCUUUUUUGUUGUUUUUUAAAUCUACAUUUUUGUUGUUAAUCGCUUUAGGGUGUUUCAUGGGACGUGAUUCAAAAAAGAAAUAAAGUAAAGCACUUUUAUGUAGUGAUGGGCAAAUGCUCCUUAGUUUUGUCUUGAAAAACAUUUUCCAUUUGCUCUCCUUGAGAAAAGCUUGAGAUUGACAAAUAGAUAAAGCACAGUGCCAGUUCUCUUCCCUGUUACCAAGGCUAUGCAUGUCCCCAUGACAUGAGAACUAUUGGUCCCCAUAUGAGGAGUGGGAUGGGUUGCUAGGGAUCUGGCAGACCGAACUGGUGGCCGGGUGCCCCAGGGGAGAUCACAAAUGAUUGUGGCUUCGAUCACUCAUAGCAGAAGCAUAGUGAGAUUUAGAAAAUAGUGGAGAUGGAAAAAACUAGUAGUUACUUAUUUCAAGGAAAACCCCACUAUUAUUUAUUCUAGAAAGGGAAGUAUUCUGCUGUACUCAGGAGAAUAUAAACACUGUAUAGGAAGUACAGUAAAGGUAAAGGGAUCCCUGACCAUUAGGUCCAGUUGUGACCGACUCUGAGGUUGCGGCGCUCAUCUCGCUUUGUUGGCCGAGGGAGCUGGCAUACAGCUUCCGGGUCAUGUGGCCAGCAUGACUAAGCCGCUUCUGGCGAACCAGAGCAGCGCACGGAAACACUGUUACCUUCCCGCUGGAGCGGUACCUAUUUAUCUACUUGCACUUUGAUGUGCUUUCGAACUUCUAGGUUGGCAGGAGCAGGGACCAAGCAACGGGAGCUCACCCCGUUGUGGGGAUUUGAACCGCCGACCUUCUGAUCAGCAAGUGCUAGGGGAAGUAUUCUGCUGUAAUCAGGAGAAUAUAAACACUGUAUAGGAAGUACAGUAGGAUAUGGUAAUAAAUAACUACUUAAUAGUACAGUUGUGUGUUGUGAUUGCUUUUGGUGUUGUGUAGGUAUUAGACAAAGGGUGGGAAACUGGAUCAGGCUAGUAGGCCAAAUCAUUAUCUCCUCCCUCCCCCAACUCUUGUGGGCCAAGCCUGACAAAUGGGCGGAGACACCCACCUGUCAAUCACCUGAUGUUAUAGUGACAUCAGUGGAUCCUUUUUUUACCUGCACACUUUAAAAUCAGUUAUAUUUCCUGACUUCCUGAUUUAAAAGUAUAUGUGUGCUCUAUAGUAAAAUAUAUUAAAGCUAUUAAAUGUUUCCCCUUCUUGUUGGUUGGUUAUUAUAAAUCUAUACUGAAUCUGUGUUUUGAUAAGUAGCAUUGUUUUACAGCUGUUGAGUUAAGCAUGUAUUGUAUAUUACACCGAUAUAGUGAAAAAAACUGAGCAGAGUAAUAACUAGACAUGUGAUUCAAAAACAGAACCAGAAUUCCUGCUUUUCAGUCAAGUUAAUCCUGUUUACUUACAUGCCAGUGCAAUGCAACCCAGUUUUGAUGGGUUGCUGUGGACCAUUCUUUCUCUUUGCUGUGCUAUACAGCUGCUCACCAGAGUGUGUUCUUGGCUAGCAUUAAAAUCCUUGUUACUAAGCUGGUUUUAAGAGAAAGUACUUUGGAUUGCUAAAAUGAUACUUGGACUGCAGCCAUUUAUAUUGCUGUAUUGAAAGAGUGAUUUUUGCUACAAACAGUAGGAAGACUCACUGGAUAACUUUGAUUAUUCUCCUGCUUUAGUUUAUUGCCAUUUGUUACCUUGCUAUGAAUGACAUAGGAAUAUAUGUUACAGAGAAUUGCAUUUACGGAAUUUGCAUUACUUUUUGUGCUUUUCCCUCCUUUCUAGUACUUGCAACGCCUCCGCCUAUGCCUCCUCCAAUACAGGCAUAUGCAUUUAAACCUCCCCCUCGACCUGAUUUUGGUACUUCAGGGAGAUCAAUCAAACUGCAAGCCAACUUUUUUGAAAUGGACAUUCCAAAAAUUGACAUCUACCAUUAUGAAUUGGAUAUAAAGCCAGAGAAGUGCCCUAGAAGAGUUAACAGGUACAUCUCGCUUUACUUUCUCUUCAGCUUUGAACAUUUCACUUCCUUCAUUUUUUUAAAAAAGGAUACAUUCAUUAAACUUUGAUGCUGAACUGUUUCUCUUUGGGAUGGUAUUAGUGGUAUACUUACUGUAAACCCGAAACAUUGGUGCCUUUGUUCUGCUUGCACUUAAGAGGAGCUCCUCUUAUAAAACAAAAUCAGUUUCUCCAACUCUUUUUAUACCAUCCUAAAAUAUUUUUUUCUCCCUAUGCUGUGUUCAGUGGUACUGUGUUUAUUUAAAACUUUUAGCGUUUGAUGGGUAUAAAUGAUAUGGCAGGUCCUAUCUCACCAAUUUCACUGCAGUUGAUCUCCUUCAACCAGUACUGAACUGCUUGCUUACUGGUUGGUACUGUAGUUUGAUAUCAAGCCUCUUAAGUGGAGAGGUGAUGUUACCAACUGCUUGUUUUCCUGUCUUCACCUACUGGCAGGGGGAAGUGAACUCAUUUGUCUGAUGGUAUAAAAGGACUUUGGAGAAACUAUAUAUAACAGCAGGUAAGAGAUUACAUGUCUCCAUCAGAUUGCCUGUUAACAGAAAAUGACAGGUGAAGAUAUGUGUAGGUUCCUGGGUCUUUUAGAAGUUUGUCUUUACAAGCCAUAGUGACUGGGCUUAUGUAUAGGAUAACAUCUGCUCUGUAUGGUGAUAUCUUAAUUACCCAAAGUUGGUGUAAAUCAGGACAGAUUUUUUCAUGUUAGCCUACUCAGUUUCCUACCUCUCAGUGGAGGCAAAUGUGAUUUUUUAAUUAUUAUUUGAAUUUUGUCGUCUGCCUUAACCACUACAAUAAGUGGAAAAGUGGAAUAUUCCUUCCAACUGAUAUUUGCAGGCCAUAAUUUUAUUCAUUAAGGCAGUGUUCCACAUCUUCUGUCUCUAUUAUCUGAGAGUUCUUUGGUGGAUUAACUGAUUACUUUGCUUUUGCCACUAACAUGCAUGCUGUGGUUACCAUAUACACAAAUGGUAUUGCAUGUGUUUCUGUUUUAAAAAAGCUGGAAGCAUGAAACUCAAUAGCAGCCUAGCUAUCUCCUAUCCAUCUUUCACUUUUGAAUAGAGAAUUGAAGGACUUUCCUGCAAAGGUUAAUGUGAUAGGGUUGCCAGGGAGCUCUUGUACUUGAAGGCUAAUAAGCGGGUAAAAAAAGAAGCAAUAGCUUAUUUGUUUGUUUGUUUAUUAUAUUUGCAUGUAUAAAAAUAUUUAUAUGCUGCUAUUUCAUUAAAAUAUCAAAGUGGUUUACAACAAAAAUACAUACAGCCAUGCAAUAAAAACCACAUAUAGUCAGACAUCAAUUAACUAUUAUGGGGACAUGUAUACUUAAUUGCCUGCAUAGGCCUGAUGGACUAGAAAACUUUUAAGCAGAUGUUUAAACUUCAGCACAGUAGACAAUUGCUGAAUCUCUUCUUGGCAGAGUAUUCCACAGGACUGGGCUGAUGACACUAAAGGCUCGGUUUCUUGUUUUCAAGUGAGCCUUGCCAACUUGGGGAAUGACCAAUUAUGCUCCUGCAGAUGAUCUCAGUGGUCGAACUGGGAUAUAAGGGUUCAGGUGAUCCCUGGGCUACUCUGGACCUAAGUUGUUAAGGGCUUUGUAAAUUAAUACAAGAACCUUGAACCUGGCUCAGUAGUGAAUGGGCAGCCAAUGCAGCUGUUUUAAAUAUGGUGUCAUGUGUUCUUGACCAGAUGCCCCUAUCAGUUUGGUUGCUUCACUCUGCACCAGCUGGAGCUUCCAAACCAAACCUAAAGGCAGCCUCACAUAGAGUGCAAGCAGAGUUAAUUGGCCCUUUUCCAGUCCACCACUGCAUUCAGACAUCAAUCCAGACUUUUCACAGCCUAUCUUGAUUCAGAUGUUAUGGAGGAGUAGAAGUAGCAUUUGCAUGCUGUCCUCUCCCAGUGAUGUUGGGAGCACACCAAAAAGCUAAGAAAUCUUAGCUGCAUUCAUAUUGUGGCUAUCCUGGCAUCUUUAGGGUAUCCAGCAUGGAACACAUGGGUUCUGCUCUGAUAGCUAUUAACGUUGCAUGUGUUGUGGCUAAGGGCAUGGUUUAAAGUGGAGUUGGUUGCAAGGAAUGCUUUAUGAGUAAGCUUUUCUUUCCUGCCUAACAUCAACUUUAAUCAGGACUGAGCUUUGAAGCAGAAAAAAAGUGAUUCAAUCUUGCCUUUGCCAUGAACUUCUAGGCAAGACAGUCUCUCCUCCCCACCCCGUCUGUCAAUGAAUGGAUUGCUCUCAAUGCUCUAGAGAUAUAGUCAGUCAGCUCACAACUUACAUGCGUUCAACAUAUGUGAUUUCAACUUUGAAAUCACAUAAAUUAAAUGCACGGUAGGUGGAGAACUUAGAAGCUCCCUUUGCACAGGGUUCCGCCAGCACAGAAAGAGCUCUUAAGCUCUCUGCCUUGCCUACUGGGUUCUGGGAAGCUUUCUUGCAGGAGCCCCCCAGAGCCAAGUAAGCAAGGCAGAGUGCUUAAAAGUACUGUGCCUUGUUGGUGGGGUGAGAUCCAUUGGUGUACCAGCUCCAGAAGGUGAGGUUGCUCACAUGUGGGUGGUUUCAUGGGAUUGUAUUGACUAUUCACAAUUUUGGAUUUAUGAACCAUCCCUGGAAUAUAAUCCACAAGUAAGGUGCAAGUGAUCUGUACAUUGAUUAUUAUGAGUGGAGGACUUGAAUGGGUUUCAGCAGAUGUUUGAAUUCAGUUUUCAUCCUUUUAUAAAGCUAUAACUAAUAAACAUGGGUGGAUGCUUAUUCUAACACUUUGAACAAUGUUUCCAGAGAAAUAGUUGAACACAUGGUCCAGCACUUUAAAGGACAGAUAUUUGGGGAGCGCAAGCCGGUGUUUGAUGGAAGAAAAAACCUCUAUACAGCUAUACCACUUCCAAUAGGGAGAGAUAAAGUAAGUAUUUAAUGCCACCUUAACUAUGAUUCCAUAUGUUCCAUGUAUGAUUUCAUUAUUUUGUCAGAGCUGCAUGCUUCCCAUGGGUCAAGAUGCAGGUUAUUAAAUCUGUAGGGUUUUUGUAAGUUCAUCAGUAAUUCACCCUACCAAGAUUUCAAUAUUGCUCAUACAAUGGGAAGUGCUUCAGUGGGGUUUUCCAAGAAGACCCUUACCACAUAUGUCACCUGUGCUGUUUGAUUUGGAAGCUGUGCAAAGCAGCUGGGGCAACCCAGUCAGAUGGGUAAUAAAUAAUGAUGAUGAUGAUGAUGAUGUCUCAUUGUUGGAAUAAAUGCCUUACACAGCAGUAGUUACUUUUAAAGUGUUUGCUGUGGAAAAGCAGCUCUGAAAAUAUAAAAAGAUCACAUUCUAUUAAGGUUUUCAUAGGAUGUUCAUAUUGUAUAACAAUUAAUGGUGCAGCUGUAGCUAUAACAGGAACUGUGGCUGAGCUGAUUGCUGGAAGACAAAAGGCCAGCCAUGCUGCCAUUAGAGACACAUUACCUUGUUUGUUACCUGCAGUUGGUGCAUCACAGAACAAGUGUAGCUUCUAAAACAGCUUUGCCAAAACACAGUGGUGAUCUUAAGGUGCACAUGAUGCAACGCGGAGGGAAAAAAAAUUAUCCGGGAUAAUUAUUUCUGAAUAUUUUGAGACCCCUUUCAGAAGUUAGGCUGGUGGAGAUCUGAGAAAGAGUCUUUUAAGUUGUGGCACCCCAACUCUCCAGGGAGGCUCUCCUGUUACUGAGCCUGGUGUCUUUCCCUGGCACUUGGAAAACCUUUUAAUUUGCUGAGGAUUUUCAGUGAUGUAUUUUUUCUUGGCUUACAUCAUCCCCUCCCCCCCUGCUGCUAUGUUUUUAUUUUGUUAUUUAAAUGUAUUACUGCACUUGAAUCAUGUGUGGAGCAGCCGUCUAAGUAAAUUUUUAUUUGUGGGGUCUUUUUGUGUUGUUGUCAAUGAGCGUUCACUAUACAGAAGAGUUUGCUUCCCUUUGACCGUUCUGAUAAAGUGUGUGCUUAAACAGAAAGAAUCAUCUUGUUGUGGUUUCCAAAUGUUGCAGGUGGAAUUGGAGGUCACAUUGCCGGGAGAAGGGAAGGACAGAAUAUUUAAGGUGGCAAUAAAGUGGAUGUCAGGUGUGAGUCUGCAGGCUUUACACGAUGCUCUCUCUGGUCGUCUUCCAAGUGUUCCUUUUGAAACAAUUCAGGCGCUGGAUGUAGUAAUGAGGCACUUGCCUUCCAUGAGGUAAGGGAAAUGUUAAUAUAGGUCUUUAGGGAAGUUUUAGUGCGGGAGCUAAACAAAAUUACACUUGGGAAUUUUGCAUCUACAUCAACAACAUAUUGAUGUGAGCUCUAGUGCACUGUAUGUGUGCACGCACACUUUACUAUUUGUGUGAAUGGAAGAGGCAGGUGUGCGUGCAAAACUCCUGCAAAUUGGAAGCUGCUCACCAACUGGAAUUAAAUGGAACUUUUGAAGGCAGAUGUUGAAAUGAGGACAAAAGAUUCAGGGAUUUAGGACUGGCAGCUGUUUACCCUUCUUUCUCUCUUUUUCUGUUUUUGCUGCACCCUUCCUUUCUCCCAUUUAUCUAUGCCUUUCUUCUUUCAACCAUAAUGCUUUUUAUUGUUGCAUAAAAAUAAAUCCAAAAAUGUCCCAAAGAUGGUUACAGGGAUUCUAAUGAGAUCCCAUGGACCUUGCCAGAUACUGGCGUAGUUUGCAUAUCAUAUUAGAAACAGUUUAAAACAAACUGGAUUAAUAUGAGUGAGCAGCAUAAGUGGUGUGCUAGGACAUGCUGCUUAAAAGCUUCUGCAAUGCUCCUCGCCCACGUGGUCCUGCUACUGUGGCUCAGAUGAAACAAGCCAGUGUCUGCAUUUUUAUGCUGCCCAAACAUGGUCUUGUGACUUGUUUCUCAACGCACCACAAGUGGGAACUAAGGUUUGUUCUUGGCUUACUGUUCACAGCACGGGGUGGGGGCUAAAGGGACAAAUCAUGAACCCAGCCUCGGAUGACAUUGAAUGCUUAUUUGGUUUGUGGUGUGCCGGCAGCAGGACUGGGGAGGAGCCCCGCGUAAGCUUUUGAGCAGCAGGUGACAGCCUGCUGCUCAUUCGCUAUAAACCAUAGAUAGCUUUUAAAGCGUGGUUUAACAUGCCGUGCACAUAGGGCCACUGAACAAUAUUAUUGGUAAAUAAUAUUUUUCAGUGGCUCAAUGGGCACGGCACAUGAAACCCUAGUUUCACCCUAGUGUAGUUGGACCAGGGAUGUGUUUGAAAUAAUACAGCUGCCCCCCUCACUCCCAUUUCCCCCCACUGAAUAAUAUAUUCACUUUCUCUUGUAGGUACACUCCUGUGGGACGGUCCUUUUUUACUGCAUCAGAAGGGUGCUCUAAUCCCUUGGGUGGCGGCAGAGAAGUUUGGUUUGGAUUCCAUCAGUCAGUCAGGCCUUCACUGUGGAAAAUGAUGCUUAACAUUGAUGGUAUGCUUUGUGUCACUUCACUAUUUGCAUUUGUUUACGUUGACUGAAAGUGCUUUUUAGUCAGGUUUCUUAGAUCUGUAAGAUUUGUGUGUCAUUCAUUUCCUGUAUUUUUCCUUUUGAUUUUUAGUAUCUGCAACAGCAUUUUACAAGGCACAACCUGUAAUUGAGUUCGUAUGUGAAGUUUUGGAUUUCAAAAGUAUUGAAGAACAACAGAAACCUCUGACAGAUUCCCAAAGGGUUAAGUUUACCAAAGAAAUUAAAGGUAAGAAAGUUGAAAGAAACAAACAUGAUUUUCUGUGUGGAACAAAUAUUGAGAGUUUCAGAAGGCUACCUUAUAGUAAAUUGUCUCCAAUCGUGCAGUAGAAUGUGGUUGAUUGUUAAUGAAUUGGUCAUUCAGUUUGGAAGGAAUUUAAACUAGGGCUGUAAGGAGAUCAACAUUCUUGCUGUCGACCAAACUGGUUUUGAUUGAUGCAUAUUUUAAAUGGACUUGAUUUUCCCCAAGAUUUGUAAUUCCUGUGGGCUUCUGCAUGUAUGAAUGUUAUGACCCAGUUGUAUAAAAGCAUAUUCAGUUUUCACUCCUGCUUAAGCAUGUGUGGAGGGCUUUGUUUUGAAACAUUCUUAAGGCACAACAGCUGGGCUCCUUCCCUGCUGGCAGGCAGCAAAAGGAGAGUACCCCAGGUGGUGUCUCCAGGCAAUGUCCAAAUGUGGUCAUUUCCUGGUUGGUGCCUGGUGGUGUGGAUUGGGGCCUACUUAAAGUGCCAGGUGAUUAAAUUUUGUUCAGCUUACAUUAACCCAAGUCAUUUGGAAAUAAGGUAAUCAUAUUGUUAAAAUGUAGCUAAUGUUUAUUUAAUAAAGUCUCCUGAAAUGCAGGCUUUGGUUUUUUAAAAAAGGUAUUUCAAAUGGAACCAUUUCCCCUAUUAAUUUUCGAAUGUGUACUAGUAAAUUUUCUAGGAAACAAAACUGAGUUCUUACGCUCCUAAAUCAUUAGGUCUGAAGGUGGAAAUCACUCACUGCGGGCAAAUGAAGAGAAAAUACCGAGUAUGCAAUGUUACCAGACGACCAGCAAGUCACCAAACGUAAUACUUGCUUUUUGAUUUUUUUGCAAUUACUUAAGAAUUGUUACUUCCUCUGUACUUAUUUGAUGCAGCACCUUCUUUCGUGCUCAUUGACAAUAAACCUUCCAUGGAUAUAUGACAAGAUUGAGAACUUGAAGAAGUUACUUUGAGUUGGUGACAUCCCUUGUUAAAUAUUGCCUCUUCUAAUGCCAGAAAAAGCAGCUUCCUUGAGGCUUUGCAUGUCCCUUUUGUUCCAGACCCUUCUAGGCUGAUUUAAUUUUGCUCCUUCAGGUUUUCUUCAGAUGUUGGAAGCUUGUAUAAAUCUUCUUUUAGAUAGUCAGUGAAAAACAUGGUAGGAGCUUCAAUUAUGACAUAUUCAAAGAAGCCGAAUACAUUAUCUGGGUAGCGUUUUCUGAUUUAAGGAUAAUUAUAACUGCUGUGAUUUAUCUUCAAAGGGUGAUUGAAACUCUAUUAGAAACAUAAUGUGGUUUGACUGUAGCCAAUGAAUGUAGAAACAGUGAAAAUGCCUUUUGUGGCUUCCUGUAGGCACUUAGUCUCUGGGAGCUGGAAAAGGCAAAGCGUUUAAGUAUUAUGACUAUAUAGUGUCUGGAGGCUGAUGUGAGUGAGCCCUUGUAAAGUUGCAUUGUGGGACAGUUUGUGAAAUCACUAACUUGCAUAUCCCUCCUGACAUUUGACUUUCCAUAGAUUCCCGCUUCAGCAGGAGAGUGGACAGACCGUUGAAUGCACUGUAGCUCAAUACUUUAAAGAUAGGCACAAGCUGGUUUUACGAUACCCUCAUCUUCCAUGUUUACAAGUUGGACAGGAGCAGAAACAUACAUAUCUCCCUCUAGAGGCAAGUCAUUGCUUUUCUGUGUAGGAGGGUCGGCCUUACUCCAUAUUUCUAACAGGUUCCCCCCCGCCCUCAUUGUCAAAGUAGUUUAGUUGAAAUUUGAUAUGUUUUUAUUUAUUUAAGGUAUGUUAACCUAGCUCUUUAACCAAAGAAGACUUUCAAAUCAGGCUUACAGUGGAAAAAGGCAUCACACACACAUACACUGAAUUGGGAGGAAGGAGGAAAUAUCUAAGCUCACAUACAAGUUCUUAGUUACAAGUUCUUUAAUGGCCAGCUGGAGUAGAAAAGCUGUUUCCUAUUGGCUGCCAUUUCCCUCCAUAGUAGGGGAGAAUAAAACCAAUGCCAGAAGUGCUUAUAGAGCCUAUUCAGUGGAAAGUUGCUUCCUUUAUCCAGACCAGCUCUGAUCUUAUGGCAUUGGCCAAGUGAAGGGGUGGCUCGAUGGGGAUAUUGGGUGUGCAGUGGCUUCUCAUUCCCUCAAAUGACCUGGUGUGGUGCAUGUUUGUAAACACCUAGAAGAUAAUGGGACUCUGUUAUGCCUUUUGGGGAUUGCUUCGCAUGAAGUUACAAUGUAUGUUUAAGGUUGUUUGUUUAGAUCUGAUUUAUUUGAGGCCCAAUCAAAUGUUUGGUACUGCCAAAGAUUAGUAAGUUUGAACUUGACUAGUUCCUUCAAUGGGCUAUCACUCAAAUCCCAGUGUAAUAACAGUUUCUAACAUCCUCAUAUCGCUGUCUAUCUUGUUAGUUUUAAGGUUCUAUAAGAUUCUUUGCUAUUUUACAGAGUAGUAUGUCUAUUCCUCUGGAUAUUUUUUAAAAAAACCUAAUUUGUGUUUGGUCUUUGUACAGGUAUGUAACAUAGUGGCAGGACAGAGGUGUAUAAAGAAGCUGACAGACAAUCAAACUUCCACUAUGAUAAGAGCAACUGCUAGAUCAGCACCUGACCGUCAAGAAGAGAUUAGUAAACUGGUGAGUCGUCUUCCUCUGUCCCUGGAAUUGGGGCAUAGCUUGACCAUAUAACACCGGUCCUGAAAGAACUUCAUUGGCUCCCAGUAUGUUUCCGAGCACAAUUCAGAGUGUUGGUGCUGACCUUUAAAGCCCUAAAUGGCCUCGGCCCAGUAUACCAGAAGGAGCGUCUCCACCCCAUCGCUCAGCCCGGACACUGAGGUCCAGCUCUGAGGGCCUUCUGGCAGUUCCCUCACUGCGAGAUGUGAGGUUACAGGGAACCAGGCAGAGGACCUUUUCGGUAGUGGCGCCUGUUUUGUGGAACGCCUUCCCACCAGAUGUCAAGGAAAUAAACAACUACCUGACUUUUAGAAGACAUCUGAAGGCAUCCCUGUUUAGGGACGUUUUUAAUGCCUGAUGAUUUAUUGUGUUUUUAAUAUCCUGUUGGGAACCACCCAGAGUGACUGGGGAGGCCUGGCCAGAUGGGCAGGGCAUAAGUAAAUAAUAAUAAUAAUAAUAAUAAUAAUUAAUAAUAAUUAAUAAUUAAUAAUAGUAUAAUGGUGUGCAAAAAGGAAGCACAGCUUCUGGUCUUGGCAUAAAUCAUCUAUGUCUGGUGCAUUUACUAAACAUAACACUGCCUCCCUGGUUUGGACUUUCAAAGAGCUUGAUAACAUUUUAGCAAACAGAGAGGAAUAUAGUAGAAAAGUGGAGCUGUGUAAGAGGGGGCUGAAGGCCAGGGAAUAAUAAGUGACGAAAAGCAGCAGGUAUUCAUAUAACAUUGUCCUUCAGUCUCAGUUCUCAGAAACUGCUCAUUCCCACUCUGUUUUCUGAGCCAUAUCCAGACAAAUUCGAUGUUUUGAAUUGUAUUUUAAUCAAGUAUUUGUCUCAUCAUUGGUUUAUCUUUCGUUUCCAGAUGCGAAGUGCAAGUUUUAAUACUGACCCUUUCGUUCGUGAAUUUGGAAUAAUGGUGAAAGAUGAAAUGACGGAUGUGACUGGGCGGGUCCUACAGCCUCCUUCAAUUCUCUAUGGAGGCAGGGUAUGUAAACCAAGAUCCUGUGGGAUCUGCAGUGAUCAACCCCCCCCCCCCCCGGUUUGUAUGUAAAGAUGUUGAAUAAUGGUUAGUGCUGUACUUUGCCACAGUUUCAGAUUUUACUGUUUGUGGCUUUCAGAUGCUGCUGUGUGAAUACUCUGAGUAUCUAUCUACAGGAGGGUGGGUUACUCUCUUGUCCCCCUAUUUCUUCCCAGUGGAGAGGUUUCAGUGCGGGGAACCUCUUGCACAUACUUUUCUCUUGGAGUUGUUCCAGUGAUACUGUAGACGAUCUUGCAGUCUCAAAUGGUGCCCUUUAGCAUUUGGCCAAGAAAAAUAUGUAUUGUCAAUAGAUGGAGUUACCCUGACAGUCUUUUCCACUGAUGUUACCAAUAUAGCUCGUGGAUGAUUGUACAUGUAGUUUGUUGUGUGCAGGGAAAAGGAUACAGAGAUCGGAAGUCAUGGUUUAUUCUGGGUCUGGGAUGCAUUUACUCCUGGCCAAGGGGGAGACUGAUCAAGAUGCCUUGGUGUACCGUGGAAGACUUUCUUUUUUUAAUGGUUUCCCCAGAAUGUGUAGAGGCUUGCUAUUUUGAUACUGAGGUAUUUAAAGCCAUCGCAGCACAGAGCUAUUUCGUGCAGUAAACCACUCACUACUAUGUUUUCUCUCUCUUUCUAGAACAAAGCAAUAGCUACACCAGUUCAAGGGGUUUGGGAUAUGAGGAACAAACAGUUUCACACUGGAAUUGAAAUCAAGGUCUGGGCAAUUGCUUGCUUUGCUCCACAGCGCCAGUGCACUGAAGUCCACCUUAAGUAAGUUUGUUAGAGAUUGAAGUCGUGUUCAGGUAGUGAUUUUGAAUGUGUUCUCAUAGCUUCUGAAAGUAUUAAGCAUGUCAUUAGUUUUCUAAACAUAACAGCAGAACUAUGCAGUCCUCCAGAAAAAUGAGAAAUACAACUAAUACAAUUGAAGUAUUGGGGAGCAGAUAUCUCUUACAAAUAAAUACAGUGGUACCUCGGGUUACAGACGCUUCAGGUUACAGAUGCUUCAGGUUACAGACUCCGCUAACCCAGAAAUUGUACCUCGGGUUAAGAACUUUGCUUCAGGAUGAGAACAGAAAACGUGUGGCAGUGGUGCAGCUGCAGUGGGAGGCCCCAUUAGCUAAAGUGGUGCCUCAGGUUAAGAACAGUUUAAGGUUACGGACCUCCAGAACGAAUUAAGUUCUUAACCCGAGGUACCACUGUAUUCAUUUACUUAUUGGCAAAUAAAAAAUUGUCCAGUAGCACCUUAGAGACCAACUAAAUUUGUUCUGGGUAUAAGCUUUCGUGUGCGUGCACACUUCUUCAGAUACGUAUUAGAAAUGUUGCAUACUUUUAAGGCUAGAUGGUUGCAUUUGACUAGUGUGAAAUGGGAACUGCAAAAAUGUGAAGACCGCACCUAGGCACCAUAAUUUGAAAAGGACUUCUACUUGACUUCAGGGCUAUUACUUCCAAGCAUUUAUGCAUAGAAUUGCAGCCUUAAAGUGUUUGGCCAUGGACUUGUCCCCUGCUUCUGAAACUGUAAGGUUCCAUGUACUUUGGUAAAUAAAUACUAGUUUUAUUUAUAAACCACUCCAAAUUUACUACUGAUAAUAAACUGUCAGGAGAGUUUUGAUCCCUGAAACCUGAAGUGCGCAUUCGUAUUUGGGAAUAUAGACACUGCUUAUUUCCUUGGAGUGUAUGUGCAGCUGCUUGCAUGUAGGAGUGUAGCUGUUUUGCGAGGGAAAGGAAUUGGCAUGAAUCUGCUUGGCAGCAGUGUAUAGGCCUGAGUGUUUAGAGGAUUCCCCAAGGAUGGAAAUAGAAGAGUUCUAUAAUCAGAAAUAUGGAAAUUGCAGACACUCAGGUGUCACUCAAGCCAACGAGACUAUAUUGGUUUUAAUGAGUGUCAAGUGCUGGUUCCAUUCCUUUAAAUGUGUGCCUUGAUUCAUUUUUAUUCUUAGGUCCUUCACAGAACAACUGAGGAAGAUAUCACGAGAUGCAGGAAUGCCCAUCCAGGGUCAGCCCUGUUUCUGUAAAUAUGCCCAGGGAGCAGAUAGCGUGGAACCAAUGUUCCGACAUCUAAAAAACACUUACGCCGGAUUGCAGCUCGUAGUAGUCAUUCUGCCAGGAAAAACUCCAGUUUAUGGUCAGUAUAUAGGGGUUACAUUUGACUUACCUAUUUAAAUUUAUGCAGUGUGGCCUUUUAUUGCCUUGGCAUUUCAUAGCGUUCUAGAUGUUUCUGUACAGAUUUCCUUUAAUGCAGCAGCAUACUGUUCCCAGAGGAACUGCCUGAUGUAGGUCUCUGGUGUGCAGUGCAAUAUUGACUGUUUGGCUUUGCACUUUUUUCUGAAGUAGCAUGAUAAGCAUCAGGGGAACAAAGCUUUGUGUUUAUCUUGGCUGUGAGUCCUGGAAGAGCUGCUCCCUGUCUUGCAGGCCAUUUCACACCUGGCGGGGGAAGGUGGGGCCCUGGCUGACUCCAGCUUCAGUAACUGAGGCUGCUAAACAGACUCUUGAACUGAGGACUUAGGGAGUUUUUUUAAUGGGUUUUUGUUGCUGCUGCUGUUGAUAUUAAUCUUUAUAUUUAGAUCAUCUUAUGAUUAAGUCAUGUGGAAAUGGUUCAGUUUGGUUGUGUGCUUUUUGAUGUGUUUUGCUUGUUGUUUAUGACUAAUUUUUGUUAUCUUUGUAAGUAUGUACUUCUUUCAUGUUGUAAGCCGCCUUGAGCAUGGAUUUAAGUCUGGAAAGGCGGCAUACAAAUAAUUUUGUAUGUGUGUGUUGUAUUUCACUUCUGUGUGUAUGCUGCUGAGCAGUCUUUUUGUCAGGAUAACCUAAGCAUCAGAAGCCCAUUCUAUAAACUUCGUCAGAGACCUGCCUAAUCAUUAUUUUGGAAGGUGAAUAACAGCAAUAGGCAUACAUGCUCAUUAGUGUACAAUAAUUAUUUGAAAUGAAACCCUCAGCAUUAUUUUAAUCACAUCCCAUUUCAUAGACUAAUAUAUGUUAUUUUACACAUACCCCUUUUCCACAGAAAGCUGAUAACAUGGUGUAUUUUACGGUUAUAUACAAGGCUUGUUUGUUUAUUAUAAGUAUUUAUAUACUACCCCAGGUUGGUUUGCGAAAAAAGAGAGAGAAAAACGCAGCAAAACUGGUGAAAUAACAGACAAAGACAGUACAUCUUAAAGCAGCAUCUGUAAAGCAGUAAGAUAGGGGAAAUAAAGAUGUCUUUACCUGGUGUUGAAAUAUAAUGAUCGUAAACUCUAGGUGAGUCUCUUUGGAGCGAGCAUCCAGAAUCGGAGCACCAUCAUUACUGAGAAGCCCCCCACACACCAAGAACCGCCCCCCCAAACUUGCAUCAGAUGACAGGGACAUCUGUAGAAAACACUCUGGUCUUCCUGAUUUUAAUGUAUGGUUAUUUUCAUAUCGAGAGGUAGUCUGAUGAUCUCCUGUGCCAGAGUGACUUGACUGGAUCUCUCUUUCACUUGGCAGCUGAGGUGAAGCGUGUUGGUGAUACUGUGCUCGGCAUGGCCACACAGUGUGUGCAGAUGAAAAAUGUGCAGAGAACGACGCCACAGACACUUUCCAAUCUGUGCUUAAAGAUCAAUGUCAAACUGGGAGGAGUAAAUAACAUUUUACUGCCUCAGGGAAGGUAAGGGGUUUCUGUGUGUAAACAACUGAGUAAGUAGACAGUUUAUAAAUGUGCACAUCCAUUGCAUCCUAAUUUUCUGAGAAGUAGCUAUAUUCAGUGCAGCAUAGUUUUUUUUGUCCUGUAGGACUGCUUUUAAAAAAAGUUUAUUUCCAUGGCUAGAUUUUAAUUAACAUAUUAUAGUAAGACUAAAAACCUGGAAUCUGAUACACAUAAUGCUUGAUUAAUUCUGUAGCUGGAGGAGAGAGAGAGAGCGAGCGCAAAAUGAAAGUUGCCUUGUUCAUUGAAUCCUGAUGGCCAGGAUAAAACAAAUGAAAAAUAAUACAUAGUUUAGACUUGAAAGAAAUUUGCAUCUUGUUGCAUUGUGCUUGAGGGAUGGUUAAGAGUUGCAUUUGUGAUAAACAUGCUAGGGUUGGGUGCGUCUCAAGCUGAAAUAGUGGGAUGGGGGGAGUAAAAAAACCCAAAACUGGGCACACGUCUUUAGAGGCUGCAAAAAUAAGUCCUGACUAUAUUAAGCAUAUAUAUCUGGUAAUGCCCCAAAGAGUGACUAAAUGGGAAAUGCCAUUUUAAAGUUUGUCUGUUUGUUUUCCACUAAUUAAGAGAAACAUGCAUUUGUGAACCAAAGUAUAAGUCCCUUUCGUAAAGAUAAGCAAUCUUUUCUCCUUUGCCAAGUUUAAAACGGGGAGCAGCUAUUGAAUAACAGGUCCGUCAGUGUUGGGUGUGUGUAAAGGGUGUACAUUGCAUCCACAUGUAUUAUUGGCAUGUCUACAAAUUUUGGUUGGCCUCAGUAGUUGCCCCACCCCAAAUUGAGGAAAGGGCAGGUCUUGCCCUUGACAUCAUUCUGCAUUCCAGAGGCACUUGGAAGCAGUCCAAAUUCCUGCCACUUUGGAGUGCCUUUAGAAGCUUCGCGCAAAGCCAUUUCCCAUUCUGCCUGUUUGGUAAUGCCACCGUGGAACAAGAAAAGUUGGGCUUACCUUACUGACUCUUAACUUACUAUGUGACUCUUCGGUAUUAUUAUAAUUUUUUUUAUUAUUAUCUAGGCCUCCAGUAUUUCAGCAACCUGUAAUUUUCCUGGGUGCAGAUGUCACUCAUCCACCAGCUGGAGAUGGGAAAAAACCAUCCAUUGCUGCUGUGAGUAAACUGUGUAUCGGUCACAUCAAACAUAUCCCACCCCGCACCGCUGUACAUACAGUGUUUUUCAGUAGUUGCAUUAGCAAGGGAGCAGUUCCUUUUCUUCAUGUGCCCCCCAGUGGACCAAAACACUGUGGUGCCAUCUUCUCUGUCUGGUCUGGGGCAGGGUUUUUUAAAGGUUUCAUCUCGGAGCUGAAAAAAGACCCCUUCUUUCCCAUGCAUUUGUAGUGAGUGGCUGUAGACUCCGGGUCUGUUCCCUUCUGCUAGUUUAAUCCUAUUUAGACGAGGCUUCUGUUUGCAAGCCAGGUAGUGAGAAAUGAAGAAUAAUGACAGCAGGUAGUCAAUGCUUAGUCUGCUCCUGGUCCAUUGUUUCUUCACUGAAAGGGAGCCCAAGCAGGACUCACAAAUGUGUCUUUUUUUCUUGCCCUAUGCAGAUGAUUCAGGUGAAGAUGCAAGGUGAAACAAUAGUGCCUUGAGGUUCAAUAUUGCAUCCCUUGCUUGGUCCCAGUGGGUUCUUUAAACCUGGAUGUAAAUUAGUGGCCGGCCCUCGUAACCAAGUUAAGGAUGUGACAGGCUUGUUGGGCUGGUACAUGUACCUACUUCAUGAAGACCCCUUAAAUAUCAUAUCACUCUGCAUUCAAUGUGUCAUAGUAGUAUUACAGUUGCCUAAGUCCCCGAAUUCUGGUAUUUUUUUUGAAAGGGAGAAAGAUCUGCUUUCUCCAUACCACACAAAUUUUAUACACGUCUAGCCUUUUUGACACUGUUAAGCUUCAGGAUAGUUGCAGAGCCUCUGUUUCUUCUAGGCAUGGAAGGAAUAGAAAACCCCAAUCUGCAUGUUGUUGUUUUUUUGAAGGGGGGUGGGGAACCAUGCUGCUGGACAAACAUCUGCCUCCCUCCUUGUAAGGAGAGGGUGGCAACUACAUAGGAUAGCCUAGCAGACUGAUUGGACGUUUCCUUCAGUUAAAUGCCACCUUUAGAAUGAUUAAAGAUCUGGGAAGACUUGCUUGGAAAAGGGAUAUGAGGUAACUCCUGUUUCUACCCCAUAUUCUUAAAUGAACCAGCUCAUUAAAACAACUCUCUUGUUCUCCAACAGGUUGUAGGUAGUAUGGAUGCCCACCCUAAUCGAUACUGUGCCACUGUGAGAGUCCAGCAGCACCGCCAAGAGAUCAUCCAAGACUUGGCUGCCAUGGUCAGGGAGCUGCUCAUUCAGUUCUACAAAUCAACCCGAUUCAAACCAACUCGGAUUAUUUUCUACAGAGAUGGUGUUUCUGAGGGGCAAUUCCAACAGGUUAUCUUCCCCCCCACAUACGCUUUUGCUAUUUACAUUUUGCUGUGUUCUUUGUAUAGCAUUGUUUUAGGAAAGGUUGCAUAGAUGGCUUUUGUUGAUGCAUGGUUAUUCCUUACAUUUGUAUUUCCACCCUUCUUUGAAGGACUUUGGGGGUAGCUCCUUCCCCUCACAAUAACUUUGUGAGGUAGUUUAGGCUGAGCAAGUGUGGCAGGUCCAAGGCUGUUGUCCAACACUCCAUCAAAAUGGUGGUAUCAUGUUGUGCUCUGAAGAAGUGGCAGAAGUCCCCAGCCAUAAUGCUUCCUGGUGUGAGCUGAUAGAAGAGCCCUCUGCCUUUAUUCUGCAGAAGACAACAUGAGUCUCUCACUGCUUAUUUCUUCUCUCUGGCAAGAGCCGGAGACUCGAGAAAGGGGGGAGGGGCUUAGUGCAGACCACAGAUAAUGGCUGACCACUGAGCCAAGGAAGCUUGAUCCCAGGCACACCUGUUUGUAAGAAUAAAAGUCAUUGAGUGCCCCAGCACGGAAAUCUUGAAAUUAUAAUAGGAUCAGUCCUUAACAGAGCUAUUUGAAUACGUAAAACCCGCAACUUGUGUUCAUUCAGCUUUACAUGUGUGGCUAUUUAAAAAAAUAAUAAGAAGGGGUUGAGAAGGUGUCAGGUUCCAGGAAAAAAUUACUUGGCAUUCCCACCCACCAUUGAAUCCAAUGGGUUUUGCCUAUUUUGGCUUUAGGCACAAUCUCCAGAAUUGUGGGCCUACUGUAUUCUUGUUGCAGCUAUGAUGGUAUCUCUCUGGGGUUUAUAUAUGUAUAUGAAAGCUUUUUUAAAGCUGAGUUCUCAAAAUUAGUUUGGGAGGGUACCCCAAACGCUUUGUAUAAUGCUGCAAGUGGACAGAAAGGGGCUGGGGGAAUUUGCACAUGCGAAGGGUGCAGGUAAGGUCCAUGGCCCUCGCUCUCUACCCAUAAACCUUUCAUUUCAGUGUUGUCUGAACCUUAGAUUUAAAAGUCUAUAUGUGGCUGAUUAACAGCACUGGAAAAUGUGGGGUUUGCCAAACGCCGCAACAUGCCUGGACCUAUACAGGUUUUUAUUAUAAUGUUGAUCUUCCUCCAAGUUCUCAACAAUCUCGUUUAAUCUCAUUAAGUGAAGAAUGUAGGAUAGGUCUUAAGAUCACCUGUUCUGCUGCAGGGGAAAUACCUGAAGCAAGCUCUGAAAAUGUAAACAGACAGAUUUUUUUAAAAAAUGCAUUUUCCUACUAGUGUCUAUGUGUUUGUGACAUUUCAGAAUGUUACAUUUCCUGCACCCCCCCCCUUUUUUCCCCUGUAGGUCCUCCAUCAUGAAUUGCUGGCUAUCAGAGAAGCAUGUAUUAAGCUAGAAAAAGACUACCAGCCUGGAAUCACAUUCAUUGUUGUGCAGAAAAGGCAUCACACCAGACUCUUCUGUACAGACAAAAAUGAAAGGGUGGGUAUCACAUUUUGUAAAGAGGCUGACAAUAAGCAACAGCCUGCAGGUGUUGAAAUAAGUAGCCCAGCCCCAUCCAGCAGACGCCGAUCAUAAAAUAGAAACGGUCAUCAACCAUUUAUACUGUAGCAUCUAAACAACCUUUUAAGCAAAUGCACAUUUGCUUGCUCCUGUAUUGCAGCUUCAUAGUACAGACGAGAAGAAACAAAAGCUUAAGUCUCAUUAUUUUUUGUUUGCACAGGUUGGGAAAAGUGGAAACAUUCCAGCAGGUACAACAGUGGACACAAAAAUCACCCACCCUUCAGAGUUUGACUUCUAUCUGUGUAGUCAUGCUGGUAUUCAGGUAUAUUCUUAAUGUGUCAUCUCAUUCUGUAGACCAAUUGUGUUAUGACUAUUCUGUCUCCUGUGCAUUUUAGCUGUGUGUGUCCUAGAUUUAUUAUUUAUUCUUCCUUGUACCACAUACCCUUAGUGUGGCAGCCCCUGUGGUCUGGAACUCCCUGCUUAUUGAUAUUAGGCCAGUGCUUUCACUAUGUACUGCUUUAGAUGCCUGCUGAAAACCUCUGUUUCAGCAAGCCUAUCCAGAUGCAUCAUUGAGUUACAUUUGUUUUAAAUGUUUUAUUUUAUGUAUGUUUGUUUUUAAUUGGUUUGUACCGUAUUUUUCGCCCUAUAGGACGCACCGGCUCAUAGGACGCACCUAGAUUGGGGGGGGGGGGGAAUAAAGGAAAAAGAAAAAUAUUCCCCCCCCCCAGGUGCGGGGCUGGGGUGGGGGAAGCCCGAGCUUCCCCCGACCCCAGCCCCCAGAACGGGACCCAGAGCCAUGCCGAAGCUGCGCGCAGCUUUGGCAUCGCUCUGGGAGCUUGCGGGGCUGGGGGAGGGGGAAGCCCUCCGCCAGCCUCCAAACCAGGUCGGGGGACAGCCGGAAAUGUGCGCUGUGCCUCCUCGCUGUCCACCGAGUUUGCGGGGCUGGCGACGGGAAGGAGCAGGCUUCUCCACCCCGCCAGCCUUCUAAGAAAGUCGGGGGACGGCAGGGUUCCGCCUCCCCGCUGUCCCCCGAGCUUGUGGGGCUGGCGGUGGGGCUCUCCUGAAGCCUGGAGAGCGAGAGGGUCGGUGCGCACCGACCCUCUCGCUCUCCAGGCUUCAGCGAAAGCCUGCAUUUGCCCCAUAGGACGCACAAACAUUUCCCCUUCAUUUUUGGAGGGGAAAAAGUGUGUCCUAUAGGGUGAAAAAUACGGUAUAUUUUAGUUAUAUUUCAUAUAUAAUUGAACGUGUGUACCACUUGGAGAUUUUUAUUUUAUUUUUAUUAAGUGGUUUAUAAAUUUUCAAAAUAAAUACAUGGUAUAUCAUACGAGAAUAUAUUUUAAAAUUAUUCCUGGAAAAAAUAGGGGUUCAUGAAAUGUUUAGAAAGUAUAAAAAGAAACAUUUUUUAAAAAAGAAAUCUUGAAGGGAUUCCAUGUUACCAUAGCAGAUGUUUUGUGAUUGGUGCCUCCAGCACACUCAAAAUCAAAAUUCCAAAAUGUGCCCACUGGUCCAAGAAGCUUGUGUCAACCCCUAAACUAGCAAUUCUGAAUUGGUGCACACUCCAAAAGUGGGAUGAACCAAAUUAUCUUCACUUAAUCUUUUUCUUAUAGCCCAGCAUGUGUCAAACCUCUUUUGAGCUUCCUCUGUCUUGGGCACCUCUCUGUGUCCAACAACAAUAAUAGGUUUGUACUAAGAUUGGCCUGGUUUCAUUUAACACUUAAGCCGUGGCUUGUUUUAACAAACCACGAGUUAACCUAGAAAUAUUGCAAAGACGAUCAAGUAAACCAUGGCUUGGUUCUCCACAGCCUGGUUUGUUUUCCAGCUGCUCUUGCCUUGUGCCUUUGUAACUUGGUGAUGGUCUGAGAUGAGGUGGCCAAAUUCUGGUUAUGAAAGUGUUCCAGGUUUGCACCUAACAUGCCAUAGCUAAAACAAACCAAGAUUUGUUAGCCAACAGCAAAGCAUGGCUUUUCAGAUUGUGACUUGUUGGCAAUAAACAAAUCAUAGUUAAGCUUCUGGGCAGGGUUUGAAUGAAACUCAUAGGUUCCUUCAAAUGAAAGGAAUUAUUUCAUAUAUAUCUAUGUAUAUCUUUAUAGAUAUAUUUUAUAUUUAUUCAUAGGAUAGCUUAUAGAAAUUCAGUGUGGUGUGUUCAGUCCAUUUAGGUCUUGGAUGUGGAAGGAGAAAACCUCUGUUUCUUUGUUCUCUUUUCAGGGGACAAGCAGGCCAUCUCAUUACCACGUUCUCUGGGAUGACAAUCGUUUCUCUUCAGAUGAGCUUCAAAUCCUUACCUACCAACUGUGUCAUACAUAUGUACGCUGUACUCGUUCUGUUUCAAUCCCUGCACCAGCAUACUAUGCACACCUGGUUGCCUUCAGAGCCAGGUAUCAUCUGGUGGAUAAAGAACAUGAUAGGUGAGAAACUUGCUUGGGACUGAUGGAAAUGGGCAGAGUGCAAGUCUGUGUGUAGCUUGCCCGGAGGCUGUAUAAUUUGCUUCUCCUAGCUCCAUGAAAGUAUAUUCUAGCUCACUUUCUUGUGAUUAAUAAUAACAACGAAUCACAAUUUUUAUGUAGAGGGGUUCAAAUUGUCAUUCAUCAUUAUUAAAAUGUAUUCAUUUAUUGCUUUUCUACCCAAAGGCCCACGAAGCAGUGAACAACAGAUCAAAUUAAAAAUUAGAUAAACAUAAAAUAAAUCCAGAUAAAAAUCCAUCAAUAUAGGAAGAUAAUUGUAUCUUGAAACAACCAUGGCUAGAAUAGUAGGAUGGUAUUGAGAAUAGAUAAUCAAAUGACAGUGCGAUCCUAUACAUAGCUUUCCAGAUGAGUAACUGAAACUUUUUAAAGGGGUUAUAUUAUUGUGUGUGUAUAUGUGUAUCUGUGCUUACAUCUUUGAUUUCUGGGUCCUUUCACACUCAAACCUUGUUACGGUUUUGGGAUGUCUCAGGUUUAGCAGUAUUCCUACAGCAGAUGUACCAAACCAAGAACCAUUUUGUUUUAGCAUAGUGAACUGGAGCCAAUUGGAGAUUUUUGAUUCUCUAGUUGGAGUUGCCUGUAAUUUUCCCUUGCUCAGGGAAAAGAGUUUGGGUUAAUAAUGGGCCUAAAGUGUGCUAGAUUUCUUGUAGAGUGCAUGCUUUUUAAUUUUUAAAAGAUCCUCUGAUACGAACUGAAUACACUGUUUAGAAACAUCAGAAUUGCCUUGUGGAAAAUUACUUCAGGGUAGAUAAAUAAAGUGAGUUUUGUCUUUCCUCCCCCCCCCUCUUAUCUUCUAGUGCCGAAGGGAGUCAUACGUCUGGUCAGAGCAAUGGCAGAGAUCAUCAAGCACUUGCAAAAGCUGUUCAGGUUCAUCAAGAUACAUUGCGCACCAUGUACUUCGCUUGACAUGUUGCAGUGCUUUAAGUAACUCAGUUCCAAGUUGGAUUCACAGGAGACCAGCUGCACUUAGACCAACAGUUGCCCCAGCUACAGCGACAGCCAGCAAUGAGUGAUGCAUCAUAAUUUUAUUAGGUUUUAAUUUUUAGUAUUGUUUUUUUUCAUUUGCAAGGAAGCCUUCCGUCCGGAAUUUCAGACUUGAUUGCAAACUGCAGACCUGUACAAAAUUGCACGGCUAUUAGAAGUUUGGAUUUGCCAAAAUCAGAAGCUGCUUGUCAGGAAGAAAGGAACAAAAAAGAAACAAAUCAAAACCCACCUUUUGUAACUAAAUCUAGAGCUGUGAUCUCAGGGCUAAAAACAACACUUUUCAUUUAGUUAUGCCUUUCUACAGAUAUACUUGUUUGUAACUAAUCUGAAAAUACCCAAUUAAGAUCAGGCUUAAUGGGUUGGUGAAAAACCUAUGAAUUUUGCUUUUAUUCCUGAAAAGAAAAUGAAGUGCUAAUUCGGUGCCAUUUAAAUCCUCAGUCAUUUUGGAUGCAUUCACAAAUGGUUUAGUAUUGAGAUGCAAAAGGGGAGAAUCCUGUUUGCCCCUUGCUGUCUUCUAGAUGAACAGUCUGUGGGGGUCUAUGGGCAAAAAAGUAUUUUUUUGAAGUUCUUGAAUGUCUCUCAUUGUGCUGUUUUAAGUUUUUCGUAGAAUGAAUAAUGGAAUUAUUUCAGGAAGAAAAAGGAGUUUAUUAUACAUUUUAUUAGGUCCAUUGAAAGAUUAGCAAAGCGUGCCAUUAAAAAUGUAUUUUUUUUCCUUAAAAAAAUCCAUUUUGAUUACUAAUCAUGGAGUUUGUCCUAUAGGACUGUGACACUUAAUUUUCCAAAGCUUUUCUAAAGAAUACGGGUCUGUGGUGAUACAGUACAAUCUUUUUCACUGUUAUGUUUGAAUUAAUGUAAAAAUUAUAUAUGUUCACAGUAUUAACAUGAUAGACUAGAUGCUAUUUAUUUUUAUUUACUAAGGAGUGAUCAGCUCAACUUCUGUUAACAUAUCAUAAAUUCAGGAAUGCUUUGGAUUUGAGAUGAGAAGUUUAUCAUGGGGACACUAGUGAAUUGGGUUGGAAUUCACCAACCGUAGCUUUUGCAAGUUCUCUAUUCAUUUCAACAGGCCUUGUGUGUGAUGUUUCACCCACAUCUCUUUGAAAUGAAUAGAGGGCAGGCUUUAGCAAUGCUUGGUGUAUUGCACCUUUCAAAAGCAGGAAUAUGCAACUGACUUAACGAGGCAGGGUUGAGAGAUUUACCUGGUGUAUAUAUCGUUUUAUUUAGCUUAUAUUUGGAAGGGCUUGCUGAGCUCAUCCAGCUCAGUAGAUCUAACACUCAGUAGUUUAGGCAUGAAGGAACAGUUCUUGAUUCAUUAAAGCACAAAAAAUUACUUUCCUGUUCGAUCAUCUGAGACAGAGAAGUGAAAGGAAAAGAGAUCUGGUGUGUACUUGGGCAGUGAAGUGUCAACUGUUUUGCGUAGCAUGAAUAGACAGAGGUGGGGGAGGUUUGCCGUUCUCUUUGGAGGAGCAUUAAUUCAAACAGAGACCUGCUUAAAAAUAAAAGCUUCUGUACAUUUGCACAAGAUUCAUAUAGGUGACUAACGACAAAUACCAUUGCACUAAUGAUGGCAACAGGAACACUACUAAGAUACUGUCGAAGAAAGCCCAGGAAAUUUCCCUCCUAAUCUGACCUUGCUGGAGUUUACAAAAAGAAAGAAAAGAGCUAAACACAUCAAGUCAGUGUUAAGUACUUUUUAUGCUUUUAAAACCAUCUUAACCAUCGGAUUUGUUUUUUCUCUCCUGAACAGCAGAACAGCUGCUUUGCAAGAUUUGUUCCCAUUUCUCUAUUCAAGAAGUGGGGGAAAUGGGAUCAGGCUGUGCUAAGGUUGUUACGGUAUUAUAGAACUGAUAGUUGAUGCCUGGGCAACAGAGUGCUCAAUUUUUUUUGUUGCCUGUUAAAUUCUAGGAAUCUAAUUUAUGCUGUACAUCAGUUAAAGUCUGCACCUAGUAAGCAGUGCCUCAUAAUGCCAAACAGAUCUGCUGGAACAACAGACAGGCUUUUGAGGCAUGAGUAUGUCAUGUUUUCUUUUGUUUAAAGUGUGUGUGUGUGUGUGUGUGUGUGUGUGUGUGUGUGUGAAAAUUCUGGACACUGCAGUUCCAGCAGCUUGAUUUUUUCAAGAAAAACAGGACCCAGUCAGGGUCUCUGUCAUUCUGCUGUGAAAAGCAGAUCGCAACAUCUCCUCCUUGAAUUUAUAGCAUCUUACCUUUUUCUUCCUGGAUUUGUUGCACUUUCCAGCUUGCGUUAGGGAAGCGAUUGAAAUGUGAAGAGAUAUUUGGGGUUCACCACUGUUCAGUUGGUGAACGAGCUGGUUCUAAAAGCUAAUCUAAGCUAGUUCUGUUCUAGGCUGGCACAUAAGGUGACAGUAAUUCGUUAGUUCCUUGUUUCUCUGUCAUCUUGAAGCUACAUCAGGCAGAAGGAGGUAGGCCAAGAUGGUAGAAUUUUCCUUGUCUUCCUAUUCAGAACUGGGUGGUCACGUCAAUGCAAAGAGCUCUUUCCCGCAGCUGCUGUUAACUAGCAACGAGCUAAAAUAGUAGCGGCUAUCUUCUAGGUGCUAGCUGGCAGUCACUUAGUUCUUUUCAUUUCUUCCAUUUCCAUUAUCUUCAUUGAAUCAGCACUCUCAGACUGCAGAUGCAUGUCCACAAUUGUUGCCUGGGCUUGUGUAGACCCUUCUCCAAAGAAUUAAUGUUGUCACUGGCAUGUGCAGCAAUUUCAUGUGAGUAUCUACCUGUGUAGAAGGAAUAUGGUCGUUUUCUGAAAGUUAGAUAUCAUUGUGUGGCAGAAAGGAUAAAUGCAUGUUGUUUUCUUUCUUUUAAUCUUGUAUACUGUAUUUUUUUUUUAAGGCUUUUUUCCUUUCUUAUUGUUAGAUGCAUGGUGAACUAGUGUCUAGCAAGAUUCAGCAUCGGGGGGAGGGGUUGUAAAGCUCGUUUUUGAACCAUUGACAAUGCACUUUGAAAAGAUAGGGCACUCUGAUUAUGCACAGGAACUGCUUUUUAUAAUAUAUGCAUAAACCAAAACUCCAAUUUGAAACAAAGAAUACAUCUUUCUACACAGCUGUUUACUACAAUGACUCUUGAAAGCACAGCAAUAUCUCAGGUGAAUGAUUUCAUACACUUUUAUCCAAAAUAUUCUCCAUGAGAACAAAGGAGAAUAGUUUACAAAAAAAACUGAGGGGAGUCCAGGGUUGUGUCAUAUACCUGGAAGUGCUUUUAAAUUUUAUCUACUUAUUGUUGGAAUCAAUUUGUAAUAAAACUGGUUCUGUUAGGAAUUUGGCUUCUUUUUCUCCUUUUUUAAAAAGUUGUUCCCUUUUCACAUGCAGAGAAAACUGGGUCUGAUUGACCUCCAUAAUUGUUUUUUUAAAAUGGCAUCAGCACUCAGUUGUAGCCAAACAGGUGUUUCAGAGUUGCAUUGCCUGUAAAUGCUGCAGUCCUUUCUCAAACUUCACCUGUAAGGAUUAGACUCUGCUGGAUGUGUAUCUGUGCUAGGGAUGGGGAACAUACAACAAUCUGUAUGUUGUCGUAAUACAGUUCCCAUCAGACCCAGCUAGCUGGACAAUGGUUGGGGAGGACGGGAGUUGUGGCCCUUCAGAUGUUGUUGGACUGCAGGUUCCCCCUCACUUCUCUUAUGUGUGCUAUUGCCUGUUUGAUGCUUAUAAAUUCCUGUAACGUCUCAAAAAAGAAGAACAAGGGGCUGACAUCUCAGCCCUAGCAAAACCAGUUGCUUUGCUGUCAAUUUCAUGUUGCCAAGUAAGGAACCUCCUAUCGUGGGAAGAUUUGAGGGGUGGUGGAAACACCCUAUAGAAUUCAAGUGUGCAAGUUUCCUAUUUUUAUUUGUUUUUGUUUGCUUUACAAUUUUAGCAGUAUUGGGAUGUAAAAAAAGAAGAAAGCAGCAACCAAUGGAAUUGCUUCUGUUUCAGAGCGCAAACCAAUGAACCAGCAAUGAUAACUGAAGCCAUUUUAUCUGAAAAAGCAAAACACACUAUAAUUGGUCUCUUGUGCCUUUUAAAAAUAUGCAUUCUUGAUGCAGAGAACAUGGAUGCCUUCUGGAGCAUAUGAGGAUUGGCAUUGUUGCCCCUUGCUUGCUCAGAGGUUGUCGGCCGGAGAUAAAUGACAACGGGAGUGAGAGCCAAAGCCAGCCAUGGCCAGAUCUCCUCCCCACACCACAUUUUGGAGUUGUUACUGACGUUAGAUCAUGUAUUGAGCCCAGCCAAGUUCUUUGCCUCUCCUCCUCAGCUUUGGGUCUUGAGCACAGGCGCAAUCAAGCCCCUGCCUAGCUUUCAUUACUGUUCUGGUGCUGACUUGAUUGGGAUAUGCAGCACAUUUGAAGCUGUGUUGUUGAAUUUUAUGAUAACAAUGGCUAGAGCACUGGAAUAAUUCACAUCUAAAAACUUGCCAAGGGGUGUGUGUGUGUGUUGCUAGUCUUGACUUGUAAGGACAUACUGUGUGGUUGCAUGUGGCGACUUCCAAGUUGAGCUGUGAUGGGUUUGUUCAGGGGAGAUGGGAAAUCUCACAACGCCCUCUCUCCUGUUCCUCCUCAGCUUUGCACAUGCUGGAGAUUACCUGUGUUAUUUGAGCUGCUUCUGCCUGUACCUAAAAUUCAGAUAACAUGUAGCAGUCAGGUGGUAAAAAAGAUUGCAUAAGUUAGGAGGAGCCAGCGUAGUUAGUGCCUUCUGCGUGCUGUUGAACACCAGCUCCCAACCAGGAGUCUGAGAUGGGAGCUCAACAACAUCUGAAGCAUCAUGUAGACUGUUGUGACCUAGGCUAUGGCAGCAUCUUAAUAGCUCCAAUUUCUUGGAGAUAGUUCUAUGAGUCUUCACUCUUUCUGAUCUAGGUUGUUGGAUAUGGGAUUGGCUUAAACAUUAAUAUGGGCUCCUGGGUCGCCUACCAACCUGACAUAUAUAUAUAUAUAUAUGUCUAAGGCUGCCACCCCCGGAGCUGAAAAACAGUUAUCGGGAACAGGUGGGAUUGGAAGUAUCCAGUUAUAUGCAAGCACACAAUAGGAGCGCCAAGCCUUAUCUCUUGAAGUCCGUGUAGUCUCUCCCCACCCCCUUGAGAAAUGAACUAGAUCUUACGUGCUUAGCAACGCUUCACAGUCCCAUGUCCCAUCUUCACUUCUGGGCGUUAGUUGGAAGCUGCCUUAUCACCAGUUCAGACGGAUCAGUCGUCCACCUAGCUCAUUAUCACCGAGUCUGGAACAGCUCUUCAGGGUCUCAGGUUUUUCACAUCACCUGUGACCACUGACACUUUGGGAUGAGAUUUUGGUCCUUAGCUUUAGGGGUUGUAGGUAUAAAUCUCGCCACAUGUGAUAUAACCCAGAGAACAACUCCUGUGACAUUACUUAAGCCAUAAGGUCUUUCUGCCUAAGGAAAAGAAUGUAAAUGUUGUCACUAGUAGGUAGCAGUUGUAGAUUAAAGUUUUGUGUUCCAGUUACAAUUCGUUUCUCCAAAAGCAGUUAUUUUUGUUUGGUAGCUUUGUUCAUUUCGAAAUGGCACUGGCUAAGAUCCAUGGAUAUGAGACCAUGCAUUAUAUCUUCCUUUCGCAUUUGUAGUCACUGACAGUUCGCUUCUAAAAGCAUCCAGGCCAUCAUUUCUAGGAAAAACUCAAGCAGGAUGUAAUUGCACUGAUAUUUUUUUUGAUUUUUUAAAUUUUUUUACUGUAAAGGGUUUUCUGUUUGCGUCUGCUGUAGCUAUUGGAACAAUACUGUACAUAGCGUUAGGAUGAGACAAGGGAGAAAUUGUCACAUUCAUUGUUGUAUUUCUAGAGUGAGCGUCUGAUUUUACAGUAUUAAGAGAGGAACAUAAAGGCUCAUAUUUAGUUUCUGCAUUUUAUCCAUUUGUAUGUAGCCAACAAAUCCUUGAAGGACAGUUUGCUAAAUUUGCUUUAUAUAUUUUAGUGAAGUUUUGUCUGCUUUCACUCCAUAGCUUCAUUUUUUUUGUCCCUUUCCAAAAUGCACUUUGCUUGCAAAAUAUCCCCCCCCCCCCCCGAUUUUAUGCACUGGUAUAAUCAGUUAUACAUAGCUCUCUGCCCUGCAGUUUUACCACUGCCUUUUUGACCAGUCGGCCAUGCUGCUGUCUGGUUACAAAGAAUGCAGAUUGGGAGAUGUGCCAAGAAAAAUGACUGGUGGAGAACCUCAGCAUCUGAUUCAUUUGGCUGCUCUAACGUGGCUUUGGGCUCAGCCACUGUUGCAGCGGCUAUGUGAAACCAUUGGACAGAGGGCAAAACGUGGGCUUGGGCUUCAUUCUGUGCCGUAGGGCUGCUUACCUGAUGGAGCUUUUCUCACUCAACCUUGUAUGAAUUCUCCAUACUAAUUAAAUGGGCAGACCAAAUGGAUAGCUUGUGAAUUGGAUAGCUUGUGAUUUGUGAAUUGAUCUUUCUGUGGCCAGUUAUUCUUUGGGCUGCAAAUGUACCUGUUAGUAAUUGGCUCCAACUUCUGUUGAACUACCCUUUGGCACGCUUAAAGCAGACAGAGAAGCCCCUGCCCUGUUUGUGAAGUUAUUUCAGCCCUCCCACCCCAUGUUAAGCCUGUUCAUUUGGCCUGCUGUGUACCUGACUCCACCCUAGUUAAAUGUCUCUUCUUUUCACGAUGAUCCCCGAAGUAUUGUCAUAGAAUUAAAACGGCACGGCCAGAUUGCAGCAGAGGACUCUUCAACUAGUAAGCUGGUACAGUUUAAAGACUACCUCCUUCAUACUUCAAAAGAGAUUAGAAUAUCCCGUUCCCCCCCUUUUUUGAGAUGUGAUUUAAUAUUACUGAGAGUAGCCGAAAUUCACCAAAGGACCUGAGUCGCUAUGAACUUACUGGCUUCUAAUCUGAGAGAAGCCAAGUGCCAUACGGGGUCUUAUAGCAUCCUUUAUCAGAACAAGCAGUCUGGAUAGAACCCACAGGAUGCGGCCUACUUUGCAAAGGCGAAGAAAGUUGUUGUUUUUAAUGAAUUUAAUAUGGCUUGAAGAAUUGCAGUGAUAUCAUGGACGGGUCCACUUUUACCCUGUAUUUGCAACCCUCCCCCUCAAACUGUUGUUUCCAAUAAGAAAUGUUUGAAUGCCUUAGGUGUAGGAGCAUGUGUGUGCAUGGGAUAUUUGGCCAGGAUCUAAAAAGCUACCCCCUAGGGACUUGGGCAUGUACUUCUCCCUUUAAAUGGCAGGCCCUUAUUCCAUAUCACAGGCUAAUGAUAAGAUUCCCUUUUUGCUUCAGCUGAGGUUUGCUUCUUUUGCAUAUGAGGGCUUGCCAUUUGAAAACACAAGUCCCAAGUUCUCUCGUGCAUACUAGCUAUGAAUCCAGAUGUGCACACAUAUGUAAAAUAAUAUAUAAGGUCUCUUGUUUUAACAGAGGGUGACAUGAAGGUGCUUCAAACUUAUUUUGAACCUAGGAUGACAUUAUGUGUUGAAUAUUUUUGAGAUUCUAUUUAGGUAUUUUUUCUUCGAACUUCAAGAUGCUAUUUUUCCCUACACAAGUCACUAACUUAUAUAAACUCUAAAUGUGCAAAUAUAUAUAUAUUCUUGAAUGUUUUAUAUUAUGAGUGUGUUCUGUUUCACGGUAUGAGAAUUUGGUCACACCCAAGAUCUUGAAGUGAGUGCAAAUAAGGUGCUUUUAUCUCAAACUAAACUGUAGAAAGCUGUCUUGUAAUCAUAAUAUUAUUCUGACGAGCGAAUUCAUUGUGCUCAUUUAUACAUACACAUAUUGCUAUCAUGAUUGUCACUGGAUAUGUCAUAGGGCUGUUAUCCAUAACUUACUUACUUUACUUACUUACUUGAUAGUUAAUGCAAGUCAUCAUAAGUUUCAUCGUUCAGGAGAGUAACAGUGCUUGUACUAUUCAAUAGUCAUGUUCACCAGUAGUUUGCAAACAGAUCUGUUCAUAAUUUUUCCCAUCCUUUGAAGCCUGAGAUCCAUAGAGCUAUGUGAAUCCCUUGGGGAUUGUCUUUGAGCAACAGACCCUGCUGUCCCGUAUCACAGUUUGUGCUUGAAUGUUCCCUGGAGUUUCAAAUGUGGGUUGUCACGUGGCAAAAGGAAGAUGGCAGUUCAAAUAGCACAAUUUCAGAGCCUACUUGGGUGUGUGGCACUAGGUGUGGAAUGUAGGAAGCUACCUUAAAAUGGACAGACCAUUGGUCUACUUAGUUCAAUAUUGUCUGCCUAGGCUGAUUAGCAGCAACUCUGCAGGGUUUUCUAGCAGGAGUCCACCAAUUCUAUUUAGCAAUGCCAGGAACUGAACCAGGCGGGGGUUUUUUGCAUGCAAAAUGUGUGGUCAGCCACUGAGGUGUAGCUUACACCAGUGGUUCUUUUGAUACGGUGACUCACAACUCCGAAUUUAUUUGGUGUGGUGACCCAUAAAUUUAUUGCCACAAGCGUCAAUGAUAUGCCAACGAAAUGAAAAGUUGCAGGAGGCAUUCAUCACACCAGUUAAAGGUUACUAACAAUAUUUAUUUUGGGCUUACUUAUAAAGCCUGUGACUCGUUUGCACAGGCUUUGCGACUCUUGUGGUUCAUGACCCAUAGGUUGGGAAACACUGGCUUGCACAAUGAAGCCUAUUUCUUUCUCUGCCCCUUCUCCACCGCCGUCUGAAGCUGGUGGAGUUCCUGAAGCCACCUGAGCCAUCAGGAAACAGGAUACUGGUGUCAAUGGACCUUUAGGCUCUUACGCAUGUUGCCAAACCAUGGUUUUAAGGGAACCAGCAUGGCAUCUGUACUGACCCUGAAUUACAAGAGAGGGCUUAACCUUGGGGAAGAAGGGUGUUACUGCUAAAUUGCCAGAGAUUGAUGUAAUUUGUCCCUUCAACCACUUAAGGCUGGGAGAAGUGUUCAUAAGGCUUUAUGACGCUGAGGGCUAGAGACUUCAAGCAAGGGUUAUGAUUUAAGUUACUGAAAUUCUGCUGAAGUCUGCUGAAGCAACCAAAUUGUCAAACGGGAACUAUCCUACUUUAAAUACUACUUUACAAUGCAAAAAAAUCUCCUGCCUUUCCCGUCAGCUGUUCAAAAUCUGGCAGAACUCCAUUAAGGAGCAUAAGGGUGUAGUAACUUUUAUCCCACAUUAAGGAUAUCCUUAAAAGAGUGAGCUUGUUGCUUGAGAUAUGUGACACUUUGAUUCUCAGUCUGGAAGGGAAGAACAAUUUUGCUGCUGCCUCUGGAGUGAGCCUAGAUAUGAGAGAUUUCCGAAUUCACGGCAGCCUUUUCUAUAGUUUUAAGAACAGUGCAUGCAAAUAGCUGUCACCUUUCUCAGUUCUGUGAAUUUCUCAAGAUUACAACCAGGGAAGAAAUAAUUCUUGGGAAAAGAAUUUGGGCCCGUUGCUCUCCUUUAAAAACAAAACAAAACAAAAAAACUACCUCUGAUUAUGAUGAGAUGGCAGUAUUGCGGGCCCCUUUUCAGUUCUUUUUAAGAGGCAAAAGGAUGUGGGGAGACAGACUGCAUAGUAACGUUACUUUCCCUACCUCCCAUUUUCUACCGAGUCCUUUGCACAAACUGUUGGUAACGCCAUGCUUUCCUCAGGAUGUGUGCUGACUCUGAAGCUUUUUCUUCAUUUUCCCCUGUGUGCUGCAAAAGCCACAGCGUCCUUGCUUCACACAGGUUUUUUUUUUGGUGUACUGUACAUCUUGAACACCCACUUAUCAUAGGGUUGGAGUUGCGGUGGGCUGUGCUCCUUUGCCGAGUGUGCCCCUGCAUGGUCAACCGAGACUUGCCACUCAGUUUCUAGCAAGCAGUUAUUAUGACCAAUGGCUAUUAAUCCGCAAUAGUAAAAUAGACUGAGAGUGUUUGGCACCAUGAAGUUGGAGGUAGGAAGUUAGGAUGGUCAGAGUUUAUGGUGUAAUCUGAUCUUAAAAAGCUUUGGCACACCAGAUUUAACUGAUAUCUCCUGGGAUUAAUUUUAACCUGUAGUUUAGUUUAAGCAGUUGUAGUAUUUUUUAAAAUUUACUAAUGUUUCUUGGAUCCAGACUUAAGUUACUUCACUGAAAUCAACGGGACUUAACCCAGUAUUAACUUGAGAUCCAGUGUGGUGUCGUGGUUAAGAGUGCCGAACUAAGACCCGGGAGACCAGGGUUCAAAUGGCCACUCGGCCAUGAAGCUAACUGGGUGACCUUGGGCCAGUCACAGUCUUCUCUCAGCCUAACCUACCUCACAGGGUUGCUGUGGGGGUUAAAUGUGGCGAACCAAGCACACCUCCUUGGACAAAAAGACGGGACAUAAAUGCAGUAAUGAAUAGUAAUAAUAACUUGGCGGAGGCACCCAAGUUCAACAAACUUGGGUCUGGAUCCUACCGGCUGAGGGAAUAAUUGCCUAGGAACACCAUUAUCGUACAUAUUUCAUUUGCCAAGAAGGAAGAAACAAAAUACAUUGUUGAAAAAAACCGAUUAGCUAAUGAGAGAGAUUAGUGAAGGGCCUUAUUUCAAAAUGGUACUAAAUAGAAAUAGUUUACAUCCUUUUGCUGCCUCUCUGUUGCAAUGUUCCAGGCUUCCAGGAUAUACAGAAAUAUAAAAUUAGCACUUGAGGAAAACUUACAAAAUUAUUUCUUCCCAUUAGUAAUGCUGUAGAGUUUCCAUUUCAUUAUAUACAUAUAUAUAUAUAUUAUAGAGAGUAUACUUCACUCUAUACAUUCAUCUAUAAAAACUCAAUGUAGGAGAAUUAGCAUUUUAUGCAGUGUAUGUACCUUAAGCAGUUUUAGUUACAUGCUUGCUUGAUGCGAUGUGGUUUCUUUAACUUAAGCCUUAACAAAUGUAUCAAAUUUGUCCAAAAUCAGAAUAUGCAAAAACAGUAAUUUAGUAAGACUUAACUCUUUCCCAUGAAGGCACAAGAGAUUUUUUUUUUAAAAAAGUUGUUCUUAUCCUUAAAACCAGUCUGUGUUUUUGAGGAGGCAACGGAGGCACCUGCCCUGUAGCCUUGUCAUUCUAUCCCAAUUUUUACAGAAUUUUACACCUCCUGGACUGGGGCUCCAGCCACACUGUUAAUCCGGACAUUGUGAUGUGUGGAGAAGAGACUAAGCAAUUGGAAGAAAUUCAUUUUUUUUAAAAAGGGCUAAGGGGAUUAAUGUUGCUUCAUUCCCCUGAGUGAUAUGUAGUUGUAUUGAAAGAAGAGUCUUGACGAUUUUUUAAAAUGUACAUAUGUUGAAAACAUAGUGAUGUUUUUUUGCAUCACAUAACUGACAUUGACUCCUUUUGUCUCCAAGAUUAGUCGCAGGCGGGGGUGGGGGGGUUGGGGACCCAGCACUCUUUCCAGUUUGGAUCUACCUCACACUAAGCAGUUGGGUGCUAAUUUAUUCAAAUUAUAAAUGAGAUUGUCCAAAGUGACCAAACAGUAUGUGAUUACUUGUCCUCUGAAGACAAGGGUGUUUGGGGUGGGGGUGGGGGGUGGGUUGUGUUACAAAAAUGCAUUUGGUUUUUCUCUCUCUUCAUCUUUGUGCCUUUUGUGUUGAGUCCCGAUGCAUAGCGAAAUCGUCACGCUCCUAUACAAACUAUAAACCCUUUUUAACAGCAAAACUGAAAACUGUGUCAGGUUUCUGAAAAAAUUAACGAAAGUGUAUUUUUGUGUGUAAUAAAAGUAUAUAAAUAUACAGAGUAACGGAAUGCUUGUAAUGUGGAAAGUUCUUUUUUUAAGAAAAAAAAAAGUAUUGAAAAACAGACAGACGGAAGGAAAAAAAAAACAUUGAUACUCUGAUCCCAAACUAUUCUAUGCAUACAUUAGCAUGGUCGUGAACCAUGCAUGCUCUAUGGAGCUUCUCAGUGUUUGCCCAAAAGGAAGUAGUGUGGCAGUUCAAUCUUGGGAUGAGCGUGCUCCAAUAUGCUAGCCAAUAUAUGUGGGCCACCCCAUUUGUUUCACCGAAGGGAGCAAAUCUGCACACGACGAGAUAUAUAUAUACUUCCUCCAUUUAAUUAGUGAAAUCUCUGUGGCCUGGGUAGUUCCAGGGGUGGGAAGCUCAAUAUGCGUGAAGAUGUGUGUAUGUAGCUACUAAUACUCAAGCUGUACAUCAACCUUUGCUAACCUGGUGCCUUCCAGAUAGGGGACUACAGCUCCCAUCAGCCCCCAGACAGCACUUGCUCACUGGGGACUUAUGGGAGUUGUAGUCCAACAAUACCUGGAAGGCUGCCCUCCCGGGCUGGCAAAGGUUACUGUACAUAUAUACAUGUAUAUAGUAAAACAUGGAAGUGAUGUGUGUGCAUAUGUCAGGUAAGGGAAUAAAAACAUCCAAGUAACUUUCUGCAUGCUUUUAUAUAACAGUUUGACUAUCCUUUUUUAUAUAAAAACUUUUUUUACUUACCUUUUUUUGGGGAGACUAAGUUGUAAUAUACUAUUGUUUUUGAAGACUGAAAAUUUGACUUUAUAAACCGUAACCAAUACAGCAUGGGAAUCUUUUCCUGUAAAAAUUGAUAAUUUAGUUUAAUAUCCGGGUGGGGGAAUUAAAGAAAUGUGGGUGGUGGUGGGGUGGGAGACACCAACAUUCCUAAGUGGCAGGAUUUAAGCUAUACCCUAAAGGAGGUGUUUUUCCUUUUUUCUUUUUUCUUUUUGCUGCAGAGAGACUCAAUCAACAGGAAAAAAAAGUGUAUGUUACAAAACUGCCCCAACGGGUCUAUAAGUAAAGCUAUAUUUUAUAAAAGAGUAACCAACCUUUUAAUAUGCUGCAUAUAAGUGAUCAGCAUCGUUGCACUUUCUCAGUAAUAGUGUCCUGUAAAUUGGCUUAUGGUUAAGAAUUUUAAAAUGUUUUUAAUGUACCAUAGUACUUGGGCAGAAUAUAAGACUUACAGGUACCUCACGAUUGAAACAAGAGCCUGAAUAUGCUGCAUUUUGUUCCUUUUAUUUCACUGAACAUUUUGUUUGGCUUUCAUUAGUUUUAAUAUAUUGUUAAAAGGCUACCUGGCUUUUAAUUUGUAUUUGUUGGAUCCCCUGAAGAACUGAGAGAGUUUGUCUCUCUUCACUUAGUUAGACAUUCUUACCCUUUACUGGUGUUAGUUCAGUAGUUGUUAUCAAGUCUGCCCUGCAUUGUUCAGUAGAGGAUGUAGUGACUUUACGAAGUAGGUUUUGAGAAAAAGGAAACUUAAGGUUGUAAAACAGACAAUAUAUGUUCUCUCUUGGUUUGUAUGCUUGCUUUGUAAUCAUUGAACAUCGAGAUGGGGAGUGGUGUCGUUUGCUGCUUUCCAACUGGAAAAAGGCAAUCAUGUACUUGUAAUAAUUAUAUAUUGAUUAAGGAAUAAGCUAACAAAUCAGUUAGGAUAACCUAACUGGACAGCUGAGCCACAUUGCUACUCCAAAACACCCCCCAUUGGAAACUGAGGGCAGGAUCCAGCUAAACAGUUUGGCUAGCACAAGGAUUUUAGCUGUACAGUGGAAAUUCCCUGCCUCUCACCCCCUAAAUCUGCUCCAGAGGCUUGAAUAUGGGAAUAUUCCACUGUGCAGUAAAUGUCCUUGUGCUAGCCAAACUGUUUAGUUGGACGCCACCCUGAGCUUGCAACCAGGUGAUUUCAAGCAACAUAUACCCUUUAGAUCUAAUUUCCUUCAGAAUAACUUGGUAGUUUUAAUUCCCCAAAUGCAUUAUAACACAGAGGGAGUUGUGUUUGGGAGUAGAAUGCAGGGAGAGAAACUCUUGAAGGAAGCUUCAGAAGACUGUGAAAUUCAACAUUUAUUGUCCUGUUUUUAAACUUAGGUGGUUCCUCUUUCCAUGUUUGUUUUACAGCUUGCUAGUAAAAUACUUUGCACUACUUAUGCAAUAAACUCAUGACAAACUAACCUUUUACUUUUGUUUUGGUUUCUUGUGUAUGUGUGUGUGUGUAUAUAUAUUAUAAACUAAUACUAAAGAUUUAGUGUAGUGUUUUUUUUUAUUACCUCCAUACCAUAAGACAUGUAACAAGCUCAAAAUGCUGUAAAUCUUGAUGAAAUAUGAUGUGAAUGAUAUUUUAUAAAGUUAUUUUGUAUGGUGUCGAUUUUGUUUCUGCCUCAUAGUAUGUCAAUAAAUUACUCAUAUUUACAAGUUCAAAUGUACCAUUUUCUAUUAUGCAUGGGUUUCAAGUGCCUGGUACAAUUAAUACAUUUUUUUACAGGGCGGGAAUGUGGAUGCACACAUUCUGGGCAGUUUUUAUCAUUGAUCCUAUGAAGUAAGGUAGGCUGCAUGAUGGUCCAAGGUCACAUAGCAAACUCCAUUGCUGGGAAACAGUUUGAACAUUUGUCUUUCAGACCAGCUGAUCAUUCUUAACCAUUCUGGUAUUGUGUGCAUAAGAAUAAACUAUUUCCUUAUUAGCUCAGUUUCUAUGGAACCUAGGAGAAAAAUGACUGGCUAUGCAAUUUAAUAGGUGCUGUUUUGCUCACACACUUCACUAGACCAAGGUGUUUUAUCAAACACAGGACAUUAUGGCUGUAUGGUACAUAACUUCGUAUGUGUGUUCCAUCUUUAUAACUCCCAGGUUUGCUUCAGAGGGUAGAGCUUGCAGCCACUGAAACGGGAGCAAUAGUGUACCUGCUGUGUACUGCACUUGUAUUUUAAUCAGUAUACUGUUCAAACUCUCUCUCCCAUCAUGGGGGGAGACUGAGCUAAGGCUUUGUGUCCUCUGCAUGAGUACUUCUAUGUCCAGAAACUCAUUCAGGAGGGCAGCAGACGGAGAAUUACAGUUUUAGUUCCACUGUAGAAAGGGCUCUGGUAUGCCAU